GGUGAGGACUGCUGACAGUGCUCUGAUUCACUCACUCAGUCACUCACACCCAUUGCAUUCCUCACUGUCUGCAGGCACAAUACAAUGUGUACACAUUCAGUUCACUUCUGAUCAGACAGGAGCAGCCUGUGACAAGCAAGGGAUCAUUAUCACCAUCCAUUCUCUCACUGGGGCUCUUUAAGAUCUACACUUUGCUGGGAGGUUAUGGAUUUGCUGUGCACAUCUGGAAAUAAUCACUGAGUGGCUUACACUAUGGAAGACACUGAGAAUAAGGUAAGGAAUGAGGGACACAAGGUUACAAGUCAUGGGGAAAGAAGAAGUGAGGUUUGCACAACUUUAUGUAUUGCAUUUCACUUCUAAUGGAAUUCUAGUGGGGAAGAUUUGCUUUGGUGUUAACAAAGAGUUAAACUGGAGCAGCAAUUACAUUUCACUACCAGAAUGGAUUGCUGGAACAUGAGAAAUAUUAAGGUGUGUCCUUGGUGGAAAUUAGUCAGCUCAAAUAUGCUGUAAAAAAGAAAAUAUCUCUAUCUGAAUUACAGAAUGCAAGCACCAUUGAAGAGGUAGUGUAUGCAUGGAACAGUGUGCAGGCACAGUUGAUGAGUAAUACAGUUAUUUAAUUUCUAAUGACUUGUGGUAUAAGGAAAGUUGGGUUAUGAUUUUAGAUGCAAACAAGGAGAGAAAUACUUAAUAGCUGGAAUGUAGCUAGGAAAUAUAAGGAGACUACAUGUCCCAUGAUGCUUUGCCAACGGUUUGUAUAGUAAAGCAUCAUGGAUUUUAGAACCUUGUUAACUUAUUAUAGUCACCUCUAUCUUAGUGGUACCUACCUUGCUGAAUAGCAUAGAUUUAGCUUGGUACAUUUAAAGGUUUAAUUAAAAAUUCCAACCCAGUCAAGAGAUAUACAGAUACAAAGUAAGGUUGACUUUAUUAGAUACUUGGGUUGAGCUAUACAGCUAUGGCUGUAGGUUAUUGGCUCUGUCUAUGGAAGAACCCGCAGUCUCGCAGGAUCCUCCAUAGACCUCAAUGCUGUAGUCUUGCACGAAAGUUAAGCAGUUAUGUCGGCUCCUGGUGCUGAAGAUGGUCACGCCUACAAAGGACAACUUCAGGUAAGUAAAUCUCACCUUUACCUGCCUCCCCCGCCCCUCCUCUGCCUCUGGUCUACCAGCUGCGAUGUCACAGUGAGGGGUCUAUGCAAAUUCUGCAAUGUCCCCAGAUGGUGACAGUGCAGCAUUAAUAAAGUGAGACUUCAAAAUGAAUUUAAAAUGAAUUUAAAAUUUAAGGCCACAUUUUUCCAGCCAUCUGAAUGCAUAGUGGAUCGAAAGAAUUCUUCGGUUCAGCUAUUUUCCCUUUAAAUUAAUUUGAAAAAUCACUCUAGUAAAAAAAACUCUGUUAAAGUUUGGUUUCUAAUCAAGGCAAACUUUCUGAUUCUCAGAUAAUUCAGAGCAAUUUCCAAACAUUAGAAGCCAUCCACUAGAAUUAAGUGACUUCCUAGAUAUUUACUUUUCUUUUAAAUUCUACGAACUCCUCCUCCAGACCAAAAGCCUAAAAAUUAUUCCCAAAUAUAUAGUUUUAUUCCACCCCCUGCGUCAUGAUUAAACCACUUGCAUACAGAUAUAAAUAUUGUAAAAGUCUAGCUAGUUGCAAUUAUUAUUCUUCACCUUUUAUUUUCAUAGCACUGACAUACACACAAGUAGCUAAUGACACAUUUCAGCCAAUUAAAGAACACAAUGUGACAAUGGCCUUAUUCAGCUAAUCUGUUUGGUUUCAGAGCCAGAUGUUUAAGCUACUAGCAAGAUUCUAUCAAGGCCUGCUACUUCACAGAUAGCAUGGGGUUGUCAGGGUCAGAUACACAGCAUGUAACCAAGUUACGAAAGUCAGUAAUACGGUUUGUGAACUGCUAAGAUGCUAAAAGGAAUUAGAAAAGUUCUUGUAGAAAUGAAAUUCUCCAUUUCUUAAGAAGUUAUCAUAUGCAAACUAAUAAUUCUUAGUUAUGGGAGCAGCAGGCUAUGGUGUGUGAUUUGAGAUCUAAUGAAAAUUGAUAUUUGGAGCGGUUAUACAAUCAUUAUAAACUAUGAGGCACCAACAUAUUGUGUAGCCAUGUACAAUGGGUAUACACAGAUAAAAAGAAAACAAAACAUGAUAAGUUAUCAGAAACAAAUGGCGGAGGGUCUCGUUAAGCAAGCUUACAAUAUAGAGAAACACUGCACUGUUAUUAGUACAUUAGUUGGGAGGUGGAUGGGGGGUUCCAUUGAGAAAUGGUAUUUCAUUCUAUCAUAAAAUUGAGGGUGUGUUUUGUUUUGUUAACAGGAGAUUCCAAUUAAACAUGUUUGUAAUCUAAGAAAAAACAAUAAAUUGAUAUAAAUACAUUAGUUGGGUUUUGUGUUUCCAUUGAGAAAGGAGAUUUCAUUCUGGUGUUUAAGGUGGAACUUGUUUUUUGUUUGGCGUUUUUGUUGUUUACAUAUACCUGUGGUAAUUAUUCCUCAUAUUUGUCAAAGCUAAAUGGAGAAAUUUGGGACACUGAGAAAAAUAUGUAAACUGAGCAAAUUGUAGAAUAAAUAUGCAGGCAGCUCCAGAUUUGUAAUGAUAAUCUAAAUUAUUGGACUUGUGUUUAUUUACCAAAAACUUAAUUACCACAGCAAAUUGUACCAAGGUAAAAUAUGCUCACCACAGGAAAAAAAGGGAUGUUUAUUGUUAUUAUUAUUGCCAUUUAUAUAGUGCCAGAUUCCGUAGCGCCUGUUAAAUUAAGAUUUCCAAAAAUACUGCUUACAAACAUGUUCAGAGAUACAUCUUGGCAUUCAAUGCAGCAAAUUUGGACACACUGGAAUACAUAUAAAUUAAUAUGUAAAUAUUGUUUCAUUUUCUUAUGUAAACGUUGUGAACACUUUGAUACAAGUCUAGGCCCUGGCCUGAAAACCACAGCCAUUGGAUGUUACAUUUGAAAUGCUGUUGUUAUUUGUGAAUUAAAAUUUUGUAUUUUUUUUUUUUAAAUAAAAAAUAAAAAAGGUUCUAGGAGGAUGACGUAGAGGGGAAAAAAAUAUGUUUUUUCCCCUCUUAGUCAUCUUCCUAGAACCUUUUUUUUUCUGUUAAAAUCCUACCCUCCUUUAACAUCUGCCAGUUUCUGUUGGAAUAAAACUUAAAGAUGUAUUUACCAAAGUAAGAAUUGUAAGGAAUUAAGAGUAAAUUUUACAUAUAAGCACAAAACAACUUAAUUGGAAAUAUUCUCCACGUCAGCUAUGCAUUUUGUUUGGCUAUUUUUUUAUCUAAUUAUUUAAAGGUCACUUUGAAAUCCCAUCACUUCUCCCUUUAAUAAAUAAUGUCAUUGGAUUGUCAGUAUAAGACUCACAAUGCACCAUCCUCCAUACAGCAGUGUGAUCAGCAGAGACAUCCAACAUACUGCCUGUACUUUGUGUUAACUGUUUAAACCUCGUCAGUUUGUUGCAACUACCCUAACAUGGUCAAAGAAAGCAGGCAGUGUAUAGAAGCUUUUAGUUUGCAGUGCACAAUGGAAUGUCUGUAGCUACUUAGCAAGUCAUAGAUAGGGACCCAGAUAGGGGCUACGGACCCGCAGGAACCAAAUUCAUAUAGAGAGGAUGCUGGCAUUUUAAAUGGGGACCAUAAUACACAGUGAGAAAAUGAAUAUUAAAACAUUGUAUAGAAGCAUCAGUGAAAUACAAUUUGCAGCCAACAAGUGUUCCUUUCUAAGAAAAAGGUGAGAGACCCCAAAAAAAUCCAACAAGGUAGUAAGGGUAGGACAGGCUCAGUGAUCUUCAGGAACAGAGAAUGCAAUGUAGCUUAACUGAAAGGGAAUACAAUAAGUAGAAAUCAUUAUCAAGGCCAGGCACAAGAUAAGGCCACAUCACUUGGUUACAACAGGAAACUAUUGUAGGAUGUUAAGAGAAUAUCAGCCUGUGCACUUUUAUAGGAAGCAGGCACCACACCCCAGUCCAGCCGUACUCAAACAAGAACGGUGCAAGAACGAGAGGCCUAGACAUGUCACACAGCCGUAACGCAAGAGCAAAGAAAAGUAUACAUUAAUGCCCACUGUAGCCAACCAUGCAUGUUCAUGAGCAAGGGUAAACUGUAAGUGAGCCAGGUCACGAAGUGAGUGGCCCAUACAGAAAUUACUUUUCAGUCACUUAAAGGGACUUUAUAGUCACCAGAACAACUGCAGCCUAAUGUAGUUGUUCUGGAGUCUAUAGCCUGUCCCUGCAGGCUUUUUAAUAUAAACACUGUUCUUCAGAGGAAAGGCAGUGUUUACAUUACUGCCUAUGGACACUUCUAAUGGCAACCACUCAGAUGGUCACUGGAGGUUCUUCCUGUGUCAGUGCUGCACAGUGUGCAGCACUGACAUUCAGUGUCUCCACUUUCUCCAUGGAGGCGCUGACCGUUCCCCAUAGAGAUGCAUUGAUUCACUGGCCAGCACAGUGUUUUGCAAAGCAUUGGAUUGCCUGCGAUAAUCAAAUUUGAGGAUAUCAGCCAAGAAGGCAGAGCAUGGGCUGGGCCAGCCAAAAGGAGGCCUACACAGAGCAAGUCACCUUUUUUAAUUAAGGUGAAGACGGCCGGAAACCUAAGUGACGCAUUUAAAAACCUAUAGUGUCAGAAAUUCACAUGUUCAUUCUUGACACUAUAGUGUUCCUUUAAAUUCCUUUAAGUAAUAAAUAAUGAUCAAGUGACCUGAAAUAAUUGUGGGUUGUGUGAAUUGUAAAUGAUACAUAAUUCAAAGACGCUGCUUUUCAAAUAAAAUAAUCUCCAGUCCCGUACAAUGGGUGGCACAAAGCAGAGAUCACAGUUGUCUCAAAUUACAUCAGGAUUAAAGAAAGACAGUUCCACAUGAGUAAAGUUUUCAUGAUACAGACAGAGAAUGCAAAGGAAUUAAAUAUGUCACAUGGAUUUUGUUUUGAAAUUAAAGGGUUACUCCAAGCACCAGGUCAGUGAUUUGAAGUGGUCAUGGUGCCUGGAGUCUGUAUGUGCAGCAUUUCACUCUGAAACACUGGUAUGUGGAAUUUAACGCCUUUGCUUCCGGAGCAUCAUUGGCGUUUGAUACCCAGUACAGAAGUAGAGUUCGGGGUUGGCUAUUGUGAAUUCUAUGCAAAUUUCUAUGCACAGAUGGGCAUUCAUUGGCUCAGAGUGGUCAGCUGAUUAAUGGCCAAAUGGAUCCAGAAGCUCUGCAGAAACCAGAUGUCAUCAUAGAAAGCAGGUCCGGAGACCUGGACCAUUCCAAAACAGUUUGCCCCAUUAGUGGGGUGGGGUGUGAUGGUUAGGAUGCUCGGAGUAGCCCUGUAAGUCAGAGAAUUCCAAGUAGUGACUGCACUAGUAACUGUAACCAUGCAGUGUAACAAGGGACAGUUGGAAAUGUUUGACAGACUGUGCGCCAUGACAAUAAAUAUACUGCUCGAGAUUUAUAAAGUCAUGGUUUUAAAAAAAAAAGGUACAAAGCACUAAAGGUUGAAUAAUCACCAUGGAAACUAGCAGGUACAUUCCAUUGGUGACUCCUCAUUUUAUACAACUUCCCACUACAUUUCACAUCAUGACACAUUGAUAAAUCACUGCUAUAGUGCUUUGCCAUUCUAUUCACCAAAAUGGGUCUUUGCUUCCAAUCCCAAGUUAUCAAGACUUGUCAGAGGGAAUCUACCAAUUAUAGUAAUGCACGCACACAUCCAUUUAUUCAGUACAUACAUAUUUAUGCAGUUAAUAAAGUAAUGGAGGAUGUAAGAAUUUAUUAAGACAGUCGUAAACCCCUUGCAUAAUCAUUAAGGGGACACUGUGGUCACCAUAACAACUUCAUCUAAAUGCACUGUGAACUUAAGGGGUUUAACCGUUCUCAAAGCGUCUCUAGUGGCUGAGCUGGACUUAACCCCACAAUGUAAACACCGCAGUCUCUAAAAUACUUAUUACUUGACAGGGACAGUGAAACUGAAUAAGGAAGAGGUAAUAUAUUAAUAACAAAAUAUCAUUUCCCCCCCAGGGGAGCCCCAAAAGGUAGAUCCCCAGUUGUUGUAAAACUAAAACUCCUAUGAUGCUUUGCAUGUCUUUAGAAUGACAAGGCAUCAUGGGAGCUGUAGUUUUAAAACAUCUGGAGAUGCAGGUAUCAGAAUGCAGAGAGUUAACAUUUGCUGGCUAUGGCUCCAUUAUAUAAAGAGACAGACUUCCUGCGCAAUGAACAUAUGAGUCAUCUACAGAGCAUCCUCACUGAGUCAUUGAAAAAUUUCCAUACAGAAUGUUUCUUAGGCACAGAAAGUAAAUACAUUUCUCAAUAACCCAAUACAUUUAAUGUAGCUCCCAGUUAUUUAAAAGCUCCUCUAGGUCCCCUAAACCUCUUCUUGCGCUCAGCAGGUUAAUCACAACUUCUCAGGUGUCCAUUUAAGGACAUUUGCUUCUAGAGUAUUCAGCUACGCUGCUCCUUCUGAGAUGAACGCUCUCCCCGAUGGUUAAGAAUGUGCUUCAGUGGAAAUAUUAAACAUUUGGAGAGACUCAAGAACCCUCUACUUAAGUUAAAAUAUGUAUGGAGAAUCUGUAUACUGUCAAAUCAUCCCGAAGUUGAGAAAGGGACCUGCAAUAAGUUCUGAAUAACACCCAGCAGUGAGUUUCUAAAUUUUCAUUUGUCGUUUACCUGUGACCUAGAACCUAGAGAAGUGCUUUCAGUCCAAAUCAUUAUUUCUAUUAGAGAACCACUCUGGGAUACAAACAAACCCAACAUUCCCUAAUUUAAACAUGUGAGCAGUGUAUGUGAUGGAAAAAUGUAAGCAGUCAUUCUGAAAUAGAAGAAAAGUCAGGCUUGUGAAUGUAAGUAUUUAUUACAUGGUAUCGCAAAUGGGUUUUUGUUUUCCACAUUCUUCUAUCCUAUUCACUUCCUAAACUGGGCGUUUGGGAACCCAAAUUCUGCUGAGCUGAAUCGAAUAAAAAACUUAAGACAUCGGGAAAAAAAUUGUUCAGCUGAGCCAAAUAUCCCCACUGUGCACAAGUUUUAUAAUUACAAGGCAGUAUUUUCCUAAUUAUAUAUUUUUAUUUUUUUAUUUUGUUGCUAUGGUGUCACAUAUUCAUCUGCAAUAUGUGUGAACAAAUACAAUUACUUAAGCAAGACAUAACCGUGCAAGCUAAUACAAUAAUCGUCUGCAACUUCCACUACCUUCCUUCAUGACUUUUCAUAAAUGAAGCAACUUGUGGCCAGGUUGAUCAUGGGUUUUGCAGCUUGAAGCAGAAACAAACAGAACAAACGGUAUGAACAGUGUGUGUGAUUGCAAGUAAAUGAAUGGAGACUCCAAUAAACUAGGGAUGAACCAAAAUGAAAAUUUUGGGCCGAAGCUUCAGGAUGCCCUUGGACUUUUUCCCCCAAAUGAUUUGUGUAGAUUAUGUAGUGUGUGUAUGGAAUAUAAUGAGGUGUGGGAAAGGGAUGUAGUGUGUAGGGAACAUGGUGUGUUGUGGGAUAGGGAUGUAGUUUGUAGGUUAUGUAGAGUGUGUAAGGCACAUCGUGUGGGGUGGACUAGGGAUGUAGUUUGUGUAGGGCACAUAGUGUGUGGUGUGAUAGGGGUGUAGGGCACAUAGUGUGGGGUGAUAAGGGAUGUAGUAUUGGUAGAACACAUUGUGGGGUGGGAUAGGGAUGGCAGAAUGAGGGGGUGACAGAUGACAGAGCGUGGGAGGGGGUGACAGGUGGCAGAGUGAGGGAGUGACAGGUGGCAGAGUGAGGGGUGGCAGUGAGUGAGGGGGUGACAUAGUAAGGGAGGGGGUGCCUAGUGGCAGAGCGUGGUGACAGAAGGAGGGAGGGGGUAACAGGGUGACUGGAGGGAGUGACUGGUGACAGUGACUGAGGGUGUUAGAAAUAUCUUUUUUUUUUUUUUCUGGUGGUCCAGUGGUCUGUCUCUCCAGUCUGCAGCUACGCCAGGUGUGAGCUGCAGACUGUGCUGUAUCUAGCGAUAUCCAGAAAUCAGGGCAUUGCCGUGGUAACCUGCAGCGACGUGAGAUACAGCACAGUCUGCAGCUCACACCGGGCGGAGCUACAGACUGUACUGGUUCUCUCCCCGGGAAGACGAGAGGGGCCUUGCACCCGGCUGCAUACAGGGCAAGCCGCCAGGCCCCCUCAAAAUGUCGGGUCCUCAGUCAUGGACCGAGGACCUGACAAGUCACUCAGCCCUAUUUUCAGCAGAUUUUACCCUUUUUUGGCCGAAAUUAGAUAGGCCCAUUUUCAGCCAAAUAUUUUGGCAGCUGAAAUUUUGGUGCAUCCCUACAAUAAACCUUCCAAAAUUGUACCAAAGAAUCAUAGAAUGCCGUUUCCAAAAUAGUCCAUUGAAACAUCCAAAAGAGUAGUACAUUUUUCCACAUAUGUAGAGUAUUUGCUCUGAUUUUGUAAAACAUAUUUAAAAGCCAAAUCCUGUCACGUGGCAAAUCUCACAAGACUGUCAUAAUGGAUAUGCGUAACUCAUUAAUGGGUUAGCCUAACCAUCAAACCUUCUGCCCUUAUGUUGUUUGGGUGCACAAAUCAUUCACCUAUAGUCUCACUGCUCAAUUCUCUGCCAUUUAGGGUAGACCUAAUCACACUUCACCCAUCUGUAAUUCACACAGCUUCCCUGUACACUAUCUGAAAAUACAUGUUCAUUUGGAAUCUAAUCUGCAGAGUAUGCUUACUUUAGAAGUUUGCAUCUCCUGUUCUGUUAAUGGUUUGCUAGUGUUGGCAAAUAGAGCAGUAGCCUCAUACAUCAGAUUAGAUUUAAUUAGAAUUGUUUUUUUUUAAAUCAAAGCUUCACUGGAAGAAGCAAAUCCGAGUGUUGGGCAAAAAUGGCUGGAUAAGCUUACCUGCAGAAUAGGUAGAUUUUAGGAAUAUAAUUAUGAAAACCUUGUGUUUUAUUUUAUUGGUGCAUUUAACCUAGAUCUUUCCAAUGACAAACAUGUAUUAAAAUGGGUUAUGCUCAGUUGUAUGUGCUACAACUAAAGAGUGAAUAAAUGAAAGGAUCACUAUAGGGUCAGGAACACAAACAUGUAUUCCUGACCCUAUAGUGUUAACACCACCAUCUAGCCCCCCUGGGCCCCUCAUGCCUCCAUAAAUAUAGGUAAAAAUCUUACUGUAUUCAAGCCAGAAGCUGUAAAUCUGCAUGCUGUUAGACUCAGGAAAAACAAGCAGUCUGCUGACAUGUGGUAGCCUGAUCCAAUCACAGUGCUUCCCCAUAGGAUUGGCUGAGACUGACAAAGGAGGCAGAUCAGGGGCAGAGCCAGCAUGAUUCAAACACAGCCCUGGCCAAUCAGCAUCUCCUCAUAGAGAUGAACUGAAUCAAUGAAUCUCUAUGAGGAAAGUUCAGUGUCUGCAUGCAGAGGGAGGAGAUACUGAAUCACAGGAUGCUGUGCACAGCGCUGCCCUAUGCUCUGCUGACAGCAGAUCUGAGUGGAGGGAGGCAUAUAAUGCCUCCAUCAACUCCAAAGUCCCUCUGGUUCACUCAGAGUGACUGCAACUGGAGGUGUUCCUAUCUUUCAAUGUAAACACUGUAUUUUCUCAGAAAAUACAGUGUUUACAUGAGAAAGGCUGCAGGGAGCUGAAGUUGUUCAGGUGACUAUAGUGUCCCUUUAAGUAACAGAUUAAAUCAAUUUAAAGGCAAGUGAACAUUUAUAUAUAAUAUUUUGUAUAUACAAUUAUAGAUACAAGUAGUUAAUAUUUUUACUAUUAUUAUGUUAUUUAUAUAGCGCCAACAAAUUCCGCAGCGCUUUACAGUGGGAGGACUUUUCAUGCAAAACAUAUCAGCUUUUUUAACCUGCCAUGACAUUGAUCUUAUAUUCUGCAAAUUUUAUGUACAAAAGAUAACAAAAAGAGAAUGUGAUAAAAAAAUAUUUUGUGAAUUUUCCCAGCCUAGCUGUUCUAAAAAAAAAAAAGAAAAAAACAUUUAAAAAAUAUUUUUUUUUUUAGAUUAAACAGAAAAACAAACAAAAAACACAAAGUACAAAACACACAAAGCCAGAAAGGUACCUGCAAUGGCCAUUUAAGUGAAAACCCAUAUUUAACCCUGCAAUGCAAGUAUGGUCGUAUCUACUAAACACGAAUGCUUUAAAUUGAGGGUUAAAAACCAAAGGACCACUGCACCCAGUAAAAACAAAUUGCUUUGGGUGCACUUAGUCGUCCUUUAACUUUUAUAUUUAAAAAAUUGUAAUGUAAGUAAUAGGCACUUUAAUACUGAACUUAAGGUCUGUUGCAAUUUUAAAAAUAAUAAAAUGUAUAAAGGAAUUAUCAAAUUAUUCAUACUGUGGUCAGCCAAGGGCUUUUAAUCUUCCUGUUCCAUAUUUUGUGGUUUUCCCUCUCAAGAAUACAUUUUUAACAGCCAGGGGUUAGUUCACUAGUUAGCAAGCUAUGAACCAUUUUUAACACCUUCCCCACCCCAUGCCUCUAUAAUAGUAAUGAGGGCAAUCUACUCACAUACAAUUACAGGGUGGGUCAAAAUUCAGACUAGGAUUUGACAGGUAAAUAACUGGUUUGUUUGUAGCUAUUUCGUUUUUGUUACAGGUAUAUAUUAUAACGUAGCCUUGGGAGAUUCAUGGGUAAUUUCACAAAGGGACAAGUAAAAAUAGUAAAAUGUAUUUUCAAAACUUAGACCUCUGUUUGGCGAGUGGAUAAUUUAAAGGGACAACAUAAAAUCAAGAGAGAGUCAGACUUGUGAGGUAGCAAAGGAGCUCAUUUAAAAGAUGUUAUCUUCUGUGCCUAGUCAAACAAAUCUCCAUAUGUUAAGCAUUCAUUGUAUGUAAUAUCACUGAAGUUGGUUCAUUAAUUGAAAGAAAAAAAAUAAUAAUAAUAAUUGACUCCUCAAAACACACCCUGUAUUUUAGCUGGAUGAAUAGGCAUUUAAACAUUUUUAUUCUCACAAAGAAAGCUGAGGAGGGGGGAGAGCCUCAAUUUGUCAAACUGUUUAAAAAAUAAUGGAUCAUAAAUUGGUGAUGCAACAGAAUAGUCUGUAUUGGUUAUGGUGCUUGGAAGGUCCCUUUAAAAUUUAGUAGCUGUGUAAAACAGCAAAUGUAUUCAUAUCUUUGCCAAAAUGCUUUGCAUUAUUCACCAGAUUCCGAAUGUGCCUUGUAACUGCAACUUUUUUAGAGAAAUGUCCUAAAUAUGAUAUUCACUAUAGGCGAUUCAGAAACACAUUCAAUGCAUGGAGCUAGAACGUCAAAUUGACCCUUACAGAAGCCAGAUAUUUAAGGGAAAAAAAAAAAUCUCAUUUAAAAAAUCAUUCAAAAAUUAUUUUUACCAUGUUACCUUCUGUCUGCUUCUACAAUUCCUGCGGUAGUCAGGCCCAUCUUGGAUUCCUGUCACAGACAUUUGGAAACAUUUUAAGAGGCCAAUUCAUGGUAUGAUUAUCAAAUCAUUGCCAACUCUUCUGAAUUCAAUAUUUAGUGAAUAAACCGUUAACUGUUCAAGCAUGCCUGAAGAAUCAAAAAAAGUAGAAAACUUCAGUGGUUGUCAAGGAAACCUGGCAGUCAGCGUUAGAAUGGCAGUUUGACAGAUGCUUUAUGAAAUGUUCACCGUGUAGCACUUUGUAGAAGCCAGGAUUGAAUGUGACUCUGGAAUUUCUAGUUAACGCUAUUCGAGAAAGAACAUAUUUAAAGCUUGUUUUUAUUAAAAUAAUAAUAACUUGGCUGCUGCACCUUACAGUUGUUUACUGCUUGUUUUCUGUGAUUAAAACAAUAUUUUCUGGUAAUUUGCUUUGAAAUGAAUGCCACAUCUGCCUACCUCCCCAAUUGUCCCGAUUUAGGAAGGACAGUCCCUAUUUUGUGCCCAAAUCCCUCUGUCCCUCUUUUCUCUACUAAUGUCUCUUUUCUACGAGCUUCAUAUUGUUGGUGUUUAAAAGAGCUCCACAGCAAUAAUACUCCCAGUAAUGUGUCUUUAAACUACAAUAAAUGUGUUUAGAAACUAGUCUGUGUGUAUAUAAGGUGCAUUGUUCUAAAUUACAUUGUACUUGCAAACAUUGUUAAUAAAUCACACAGAAUUUCUCAGUACAGCUCUGCCCCCACCCUGGCCACACCCCCACCCGUAAAAUUAAAGUGUCCCUCUCAGUGGCAUAGCUAGAGCUUUUGCCGCCCAGAGCUGUUCAUGAGUUUGCGACUGAUGAGCUCAGUCAAGGAGGUGGGUUGGGGACAGAGCCAGCACCAGCAAUUUACCCUGCGCUGGAAAAAGGUGAGUUUAUCUUUAAGGGGUGCAAUGAGGGGCCAGUCACCUAAACUAUGUUAUCUACACUAUAGGGUCAGGAAUACAUGUUUGUAUUCCUGGGCCUAUGGUGUUCCUUUAAACUCAAAAAGAAGCAGAUGCCCAGAGCACCUUCCAAAGACUUCUCAUCGAGCCGCUUUGGGAAGUCUGUGAUUGGACAGUCACAGAGAGUCUGGGUGGGGUCAGAAGGGGAGGGCUUGCAAAGGCUGCACACAAGAGAUCUGCAGCUUUUGCAAGCUGUUUUUAGACAUACUCCCAAUGAAAAAUGCGUAAUUAAAGAUUUUAUUUUUGGCAGUGGAGUGUUUAUUUAAGGAGUUAAUACACUGCUGUCCAAUUAAAGCACAUUACAAUACAGAUGCGUUUGUUUGUAAUACCUAAAUAUACAGAGCGAACUUCGGUUUAAUUAUAGAUUAAAAAAAAUUAAAUGGACAAGUAUUUGAAUCAAGGCCAAUGCAUUGCUCAACCAGAAGGCACUUAUAGAAAUUGUUUUAAUGUAUAAAAGUGUCUGGCAAACACUUUGCAAAUACACAGCAUUACUCCACCCUUAUCACAUGUCUACUAACAGACGCCCAACUCAUUUAUUUCACAGUAUUUCCAUUCCUUAGAACAAACAAGUUUAAUCUAUAAAUGUGCUAUCAGAUCUCAAAACUGGGUUUAGGUUGUAGUCACUGAAACAUUCAAUUGUGAUAAGUUGACAAAAUUACAAAAUCUAAAAUGGCUGAUCUAAGCAUCAUAACCACUACAGUGUCCCCUCAGCCAAUCAAACUGUGUUUCUACUUUGACACAAAUCUCUAAAAAUGUGUGGAAUCCUUUUAGCCGUUUCAUUUUUCCUACUGUAAAAUACUUAUGUCUCACAUUAAACCGUCCACCUUCCGCUUUGAUCCUGUAUAUUUUGUAUCUAUUCCACAAAUAUGGGAGAUUAUUCACUGAAUACUGAACUAUAAAUCAAUUGAAAAAUCUAAAAGCAAAAUUUAGACAAAAAUAGUAGACGAGGAAAAAUUCACCAAAUCAGGCUACAAUGAAAACUUGGAUAUUUUAAAUUGUGCAUAUUGCAGGGUUUUGUGUUUUUUUUUUUUGUAGAGAGAGUUCAAAGUGAAUUUCAAAUGUAAGGUCAAGCAGCCGAAUUAUAUAAAUCAACUAUGCUCUCCGUUCAGCUGCUUUGGACCUAAAUUUGAAAUUUUAUUGGAAUUUUCACUUUGGCCAAACUCUGACUUCUGUAUCGCAACAAAAGUUGGGGUCUAUAUUUUGGCCUAGGGUAAUCUAUGUUCUCAUUGGGCAGUGCCUUCGCUACUUACACUGCCUGUAAAUUGUGUUAUAGGGUUAAUCCAAGCACCAUGACCACUUCAGUGAUUUGAAAUGGUUAUGAUGCCUGGAAGAAGAAAGAAGUUGGUCUCAGCAGUGGAAUGGAGGUGCAUUCUAAUUGUAUUCUUUAUUCCUAGAAUUGGGGGGGGCAGACCAGCACAAUGUGGGAUUUAUUAAAACCUUUACCGUAUCUUCUGAAAUCUAUUGUACAGCAUUCCAAAAUAUGUUGGAACUUUCUACAUAUUUAUAAUAUGUUAGUAUAAUAUGUGAUAGGCAAUCUUAUAGUUCUCCAAAUGUAAGAAGGACACUCCGUGUUGGCACAUUUGUCUGAACUUAUCUAUUCCGCCUUCCACAGAAGUGUCAUUAAAAAAAAAAAAAAGGUCUGGUUACUAAAAGAAGCCGUCAUUUUAUUACCUUUAAACUAUGGUUUCCUUGUUGCUUUUUGGUUUCCAGUAACAGCUAAAUCGAUUGCUAUAAACUACCUUGUAAAGCGUGUUAUAAACAAGGUGUAACAUAGAAAUAUCACUUUAACGUGCAACCGGCACACGCAAGAUAUUUAGACAACCUGACAGAACAAAAAAAAAAAACACAACAGGGAUUAUUCACAAAUGUGAGAAUUGAAAGUGCAUUUCAAAUUUAAGGUUAAAAUAGCCGAACUGGAAAAAUUCUCUAAGUCAACAAUGCUUUCAGUUCAGCUUCUCUUGCCUUUAAUUUGAAACUCAGUCCGAAUUCUUAUUUUAGUAAAUGAUCCCGUAUGCGUUGUGCGGUUUCUUUUUUUACUAAAAUAAUAUAAAUAUGAGCCUUUUUUUUUCUCCUGAAACAGUCAGGGCAUACUAUGUAGCUGAAUUUUAUCGCCCACAGUGCCAUGUGCAGUAAUACAUAAGGAAUGCCCAAUAUCACAUGCCUGUACAGCAUCUGCAAUAUUUGAAAACAAAACAAGAGGAUGAGUGAAUUAAUCAUCCCCAGGGUGUGUCCGCUCUCAGCUUCCAAUUCUUAAAGACAGCUUGCACACCCUUCACAGAAUAUCGGGUAUAUCGCACCCUGUGAGAACACAUUACUAAAGUAAUUAAAGAGGCUCUGGCCUUGUUUGGGGUCUUUGUAUAAUUUACAAAGACCAUCCAAUAGUAACUGCGGCACUUGCAGUGAGGUAGCCAAGGGGUACAGGGAAAGGGGAGUUCUAAUUACCUGAAAGUGUCUCUGGCAUCUGCUGCCAUCUUCUUGCAAACGGUACUUUUCAGCCCCUGAUGCUUCAGCUGCCAGGAGCUUACAUCAGCUUUGUGUUCUCACGCAUUGAGGUCUAUGGAGGAUCCCAAGAGUCCCUCAGUAGGCAGAGCCUUUUUCAACUCAGCCUUCACUAGUGAGCGCUUGAUAAAAAGUAGCUCUGCCAUUUGUCAAGUGUAGGGAAAAUAUUAACACUAAGUAGUCACUUAUUUGUAUUAGUAUUUAAAUAUUUGGACUGUGUUGGAAUUUCAGCAUUUCAUAAAGAUCUUUCAUAAUGAUAGAAGAUAAUUUAACAUUAUAAAAUACUAAUGGGGGGGGAGACAGAGGCACUUUAAAUGGCUGGAUUGGAAUGUCAGAACAUCAGGUUUAGUCCAGCAUUGUAACUUAUUUCAAUUCAAAUGGUAACAUUGAUGCUUAAAUGGACACUAUAGUCACCAAAACCACUUUAACUUAAUGAAGUGUUUAGCGAACAAAUGAUGUAUCUGCAAUCUCACUGCUCCAUUCACUGCCAUUUAGGAAUUAAAAUCACUUUUCGAUCAGUUUAUGCAGUGCUAGCCACACCUCCCCUGGUUGUGACUGAGACAGCCUGCAUAAAAACAAAUGGUUUCAUUUUCAAAUCAGAUGGUAACUAACUUUAGAACAGUGGUUCUCAACCCAAUCCUCACGGCCCACCAACAGUCCAGGAUUUAUGUAUUUCCCUGUUUUAUUCCAAUGGAGAUACUAACAAAACCUGGACUGUUGGUGGGUCUUGAGGACUGGUUUGAGAAAUGCUGCUUUAGAAGUUUCUAUCUCUUGCUCUGUAAAUUUAACUUCAAAAUCACACACGAGGCUCCUGCAAGAUCUAGAAGGCUAUUAAAAUAAGCAGAAAAUUUGCAAUUAUAAAUUAAACAAUUUGCAAUAAUAGAAUUGUAAACAUUAAAGCUCACUUUACUGUUAGUGUUUAGGAAGGCUGUACAAGUCACAUGCAGGGAGGGGUGACUAGAGCUGUAUAAAGAAAGAUUUAACUCCUAAAUUGCAGAGAAUUGAUCAGUGCUAAUGCUAAAACUUGUUUUGGGUCCUCCUCUAGUGUCCCUUUAAAUAAGAGUUCUCUAACUCCCUUACAAUUUUUGCCAUUUGGAUUUCAAUUCACUAUUUUACGAUUUGGUGAGUUAAACUUACAUUUGUGUAUAUAAUCUGGAAUCCAUAAUAUACAAGGCAUCCGAUUUAGAUUGUGAGCUUGUUCAUUCUUCACCUCUUUCUCAGCAAUAUGUAUUGGUACAAUAUAUGUAAAUGUUGAUAAGAUUAUGAAUUGUAUAUACAGUCAGCCUGAUAAGCAACAGUCACUAACUCAGCCAUUACUUAUAUUGACUGCUUGGGUUAUCUACUAAAACCACUUAAUUUUAGUGAACCAAAUCUGAUGCAAAGCACACAGAGGCUAAAAUAGUCCAGCUGUGAUUAAAGCCAAGAUGCAGAAUUUUUCCAAAGCAGCAAUUAUACCCUAAAUUUCACCAUUCUUAUUUAAUUCACUAUAACUUGGUGUUUAAUGACUAACUUUGUCAGUGCUACAAAAGUGUGCAAUACAUCUUAAUUACUUUUUAUCUAAAGGAAGACAACCCCCUUUCCCACAUUAGCAAAUAUUACAAUAUUGUAACAGUUCAAUAAUAUUUUCAUACCAAUGCAUACCUGCCUUGUGGGGGGAAAAAACAUAUGUAGAAAUAUGGAUUUCAUUCCAUUCCAGUCCCCCUUCAAUGUUGUUUGGCUACAACUCCAAGAAUGCUUGGCCGCUCUGUUGCAUUCACAGCAUUUUGGGAGUUGUAGUCGCUUGUCAUGGUAAGGGGGAGCAGAGUUUGACAACACGGAGGGUUCUUUGAGCGAAAUGAUGAUUGAGGCCUGCUGUCUAGAGUUUACUGAUUGCAGGCCUGAGGUAGGAACUUUUUAAACCCUGCUGAUUUAAACAGGGAUGUGUCCAGCCAAAUUUGCCUUUUAUAGCAUUGUCAAUGACACACGUAAUUGAGUCAAGAAUUGGGGUAAGCUGAAAAUUAUAAAUGGUUAGUUACGAACAUUCAAUUGGUGUUAGAAGUUUAGUCUUGCCUAGAAUUGUUUUUUGUGUAAUUUGUCAGUCCGAUCCUGCAUUUUAACUAAGAGAUUUGGGGAUUUACCUACUAAACUGGGAACUGUGACCAAUCAUAAAAAAGCUGCAAUUUUUCAGGAAUUUGAGGAGUUAAUUGAUCUAUUUUGAUCUAAAAUGUGAAAUUUCUCUCUCAAUUCUGAGCUUAGUGAAUUAUUUUUUGUAUGAUAGAGAUAUAUAUUUAUGAUUUAGCCACUGUGUAUUUGCACCCAACUGUAUUCAUAAAUAUACACCUGGAUUUAGCCCAGUAUAAAUGCUGUAUAUAAUAUAUAUUAACAAAUACCUCUUACCUUUUUAAGAUGCCCGGGAGCUGCAAGCACAGAUUUACCUCUAAAAGAAACAAUGAUAGACAAGCCAGAUAGCAAAUGAAACUCUGCAGUAAAAAAUAAAUAAAUAAAUAAAUAAAUAAAUAAAAAACACUUUAUUCCAUGUAAAACUGGAUCUACGAACAUAGGGGGAGAUACAGCCACAUCUAAUAAAUACACAACUGCAGGCCUGGGCUAUGAAUUGUUUAUGUAUUAUGGUCAUGGUAAAUAAUUACAAAUACUAGAAUCGAGGAUAUUUAAAAGGCACAUAGGCUGAAUUUAUUUAUCUAUUUAUCAUUGUGAUCCCGCCUGUUGUAAACUGUGGGUAAUAAAACUUUAUUCAGCUGUGUGGCCUAAAGAUUGUAUGUAAAAAAAGAAAUUAAAAUAAAAAAUAACUAUUACGUACAUUAAGGGGACACUGUAGGCACCCAGACCACUUCAGCUAAUAGACGUGGUGUGGGUGCUGUGUCCCUAUUGCACUUAGUGCUGCAAUGUAAAACAUUACAGUUCCAGGGAAACUGCAAUGUUUACAUUGUAGCACUAAGUGUGCCUCCAGUGGCUGUCUACAAGACAGCCACUAGAGGACUUCCUGGAUCCAAAUGGACCCUUGGUCCAGUAUCCGACGCUGGACAUCCUCAUGCUCUGCAUUGAUUCAAUGCUUUCCUAUGGGAAGGUCUAAUGUAUGCGCGUCAUGCGCAUUAACGCCCGCUCAUUGGAGGAGAAGGGGGAGCCGCGACCUGGAGCCCAAGGACAUAGCAGAUUGCCAGAUAGCAGAUUGUUUGUUUGGGGGUUUCUUUUUACCAAAUGAGCGUUCUUGUCAAUGUAUAAAUACAAUGUACGAUUCCACGCCCAUUUUUAUUCCAGCCUUUUAAUAUGCAACAAUCUGGGGGAAUUGGGAAAAAAAUGCCCCAAUGUAUAAAGAUAUUUUUUUUUUUUUUUUUUAAAUUACAGUUUCUAUACGUAACCCCCUUUUUUGCAAGCAGCAUUGUUAUCAUCAUUGAUAGACGAUGGUCUGAUAUAAAUAUUUAAACAAAGUGACUUCAUUUACAUUGAAUUAAAAAAGGCAAAUUGGCCAAUACAAAGCUUGCCGUAUAUAAACAAACAUGGUAAAACAUUUGAAGUUCUGUUGAUCAUGCCCUGGGGAUACAAUCUGAACAACUCAUUACAUUCUAGUGUAAGCAGACAUCUUAAGGAUUUCCUGGAUAUGAUUCAUUCAUGUAUCUCGAAGUAUGACAAUUAUUUGUUAAUGGGAUUAGCCUUAAUCAUGUUAGAAAGACCUGGGAAGGAAUGUAACAUUUAUAAACCUUAAAUCAUAUCUCUGGUUUCUGGUUCUGUCUUUCAAUGUGAGGAUCUCCAGGAUUAGGUUCUUUCAUUAAAAUCGUUUUUUAUCCCCUAAAAAAAAUUCAAUAAACGGAGAAAUGACAAAUCCACCUGUGUCAUUCAGAAACAAGUCGCUACGGAUAGCACUUUAUUUCAUUAAUAAAACACUCCAAACACCAUAACCACUACAGCUUGCCAGGAGUGGCCUGGUACUGUCCCACAGCAAGUAAUCAAAUUAUUUUAUUAUGGUUUCACAACGUAACUGGCUCCAGUCUGGUGCCAGUGACCCCAUACCAGGCUUCUGGUCUUCUUGUGCAGGAGAAUCCAGAGAGCUCUACAAAGCUAGAAUACGCAGGACCACACAUACUGUCAGAGCAUCUGCUGAGCUCUCUCAGCCCAUUAAAUGUGGCGCAGGAACCUGGGGAACCCAGGUAAAUGGUCACACCGUGUGAAAACUGUUUUAGUGCUUAGAGUGAUCUUUUAAAAAUGUUUCUAACAUGAGUUUUUUUUGACAAGGACCCUCUUCACCUAUUCUAUCCAUCAACGUUAUUUGUGUGUCCGUUACUUAUUGUUAUACAUCCCCGCUAUAUAAAAUGUGGAGUGCUAUGGAAUACGUCACGCUAUUUAAAUUAUAAUCAGACGCAAAAUGCUCGCACCCAGAAGAUAGGGGCAACCUUUAAGAAGCCUCCUGGCCUCCUUUUAAUCAGAAGUAUCUAGGCCAGUUUUAUUUUGUUUGUUUUUUUUUACAUUUUAGAUUCUAUCGCGUAAUAAACCAGAUUGCUAGAUGCAUCUAAGAUAGAAUAAAUAUUUUAAACAGUAUUGAGAAAAUGUGUUCUAUAAGCUAGCAUUUCCCAAACCAGUCCUCAAGACCCACCAACAGUCCAGGUUUUCUUAUUAUCUCCAUUGGAAUAAAACCGGGAAAUACAUAAAUCCUGGACUGUUGGUGGGCCACGAGGACUGGGUUGGGAACCACUGCUAUAACCUUUAGGUGCAUCUUUGUUUAAGUAUCAACAAGGUCUAGAAUAAAUGGUUUUGUUUGUGCUAAGUUGUUUUAAAGGACCACUAUAGUGCCAGGAAAACAUACUCGUUUUCCUGGCACUAUAGUGCCCUUAGGGUGCCCCCACCCUCAGGGUUCCGUUCCCACCGGGCUCUGGAGAGAGGAAGGGGUUAAACUUACCUCUUUCUCAAGGGCCGGGCGGGGAGCUCUCCUCCUCCUCUCCGCCUCCUCUCCUCCCCUUCGGCUGAAUGCGCAUGCUCGGCAGGAGCUGCGCACGCAUUCAGCCAGUCUCAUAGGAAAGCAUUCAUAAUGCUUUCCUAUGGACGCUUGCAUCUUCUCACUGUGAUUUUCACAGUGAGAAGCACGCAAACGCCUCUAGCGGCUGUCAAUGAGACAGCCACUAGAGGCUUUAGAGGCUGGAUUAACCUAUUUAUAAACAUAGCAGUUUCUCUGAAACUGCUAUGUUUAUAAAAAAAAAAGUGUUAACCCUAGCUGGACCAGGCACCCAGACCACUUCAUUAAGCUGAAGUGGUCUGGGUGCCUAUAGUGGUCCUUUAAGGACUUAACGUUACUGGUCACUGUGGGGAAAUUUGCCCCCUCUUACUCUCAAAGGCAGAAUCUGAACUUUACCUUCUAGCAACAGUUUUGUUUUGUGUGUUUUUGUUUAUUGUUUUUUUUUUUUUCCAUGAGAAAGCCGUUUCAGUGUGAACAUGCAUAUUGUCUGUCAAAAAGCCCAUAAAAUGCCAUGUGAUUCCUUUAAAUCAAACAUACCACUUGAUACCUACUAAUUAUAGAGGGGGCUGUACAUAUACUCAUGGGGGGGGGUAUCAAGUCUAAUGUACAACCCAGAGUUUUCCCUCAUUCCUCACUGAGAAUCUUAGAUGGGGAUAGCCUUGGCCUUAAAAUAAUGUGCAUCUUUUAUCUAGGUACCGGUAAUGGAUGCCCCGACCCCCGCUUAAUAGAAGACAAUUGGAUGACAAAGUCUUUUGUCCUUGUCCCACCUCCGUCUCAGGGAUAUAAGUUCUUUGGGCUGUAUAUGCCCUUAUAUUGACCAUUAGAGAUGUCGCGAACCGUUCGCGAACUUCCCGCGAACAUGGAUGCUGUCCAGGAGGUGGGAGGGUCUGGGAUGGAGGGUCUGCUGGAGAUUGGCUGGGAUGUGUCAGCUGACCGGAGCUCGCCGCGAACGGUUCGUGGCGAGCCGUUCGCGGGAAGUUCGCGAACGGUUCGCGACAUCUCUAUUGACCAUCUGUGAUUUAUUUCUGCCCAGUGAAAUUGGAGACAUUCUGCUAACUAGAUAUCAUGGCUAACAGAAUCUAUUUUUAUUAUUAUUAUAAAUACUUGUACUUAUUUAUUUAUUUUUUAAAGAAAGAAACCUGCAACUCUAGGCCUGGUCUAGUCGGCCAAUGGAUAAAAAUGUUUCUGUAAACAAUAAGUCUGACUGUUUCAUCAUUCCAACGUUUGUUUUCUUUUACCAAAAGAUCAGCGCAGUGCCAACCGUGACAGUGUCACAGUAAUGGGAGAAUAUUUAUGCAAAUGUACUUUGUAAGACAAUACAUCUGCUCUUCAUUGCAGAAUGCCAGAUGCUACCUUACUGAAUUAAAAUUAUGUUUCUGGAACAUCUAUCAAAACAUUAGUUUAUUUUUCUUCUUUUCUUUUUUUUUUUAACAGAGAGACGUGCAGAUGUUUAGGGCUAAUUACAUUCAACGUUAAAUGAGUUGUUUAAGAAGCUGUGAUGUUCCUUUAUAAUUUCCUUCUGCAUUUCUGUAGAGUUCCUGAUCCCUCUCGGGGCACAGUGAGACUGUUACACUGCCUCUGGAUGCCAUACAUCUAGAAACUUAUAAUUUAUGGGUUUACUGUGGUGAUAAGUAUCCCCACGAUAUGCCUUUAACCCCUUAAGGACACAUGACACGUGUGAUAUGUCAUGAUUCCCUUUUAUUCCAGAAGUUUGGUCCUUAAGGGUUUAAAUCCCUUCUUUAAAUGCUUUCAUUAUAGUUUAUGCAUAGAACUUAUAACCUCUUUGUCAAACUAUUCUGAAACAGUUUGACAAUACUGGGGUUCUUUCCUGCAUCCAGAAACUGCCCCGUCUCUUCUACUGAACUGCGAAUGUAGAAUUUAUAUUUUCACAUUAUCAAUGUCAAGUCUAUCCAACUUGGACCAUUGUGAUUUGGCUAAGAGUGUUUGGGUGGGUUAGCUCAGAGCUCCCAUCUAUGCCUGGCUUUCAAUAAAGCAUUGUGAAUGAAAAGGCAGCAAACUGAUUUCUCUAGGGUAACAUAAUGAAUGCAUUAAAGGAAUUCUUUUUUUUUCCUGAUUACCCUCCUUAGCUAAAAGAGGAAGCAAUAAUUGUGCUUGGUACAUGCUUAGUGUUGUGUUUUUUGUUUUUUUUUCUCUAUUUAUUUAUUUUUGUAUUAUUUUUGUUUUUUACCAUCUCUAAAAUACUUGCACGUAAAUUGAGAUCUAAAAGCAAUUUUUAAUUUCAAGACGUUUAUUCAUUUGGGAAGAAGUUGCAAAGUGAAUUUCAAAAUUGGUGAAAAAAUAAAAUAAAAAAAACCUCUUCAAUUGGGCUAAAUUGGAGGUAUUUUUUACAGUUGCUAUUGUACUGCCUUAUCGAGGAGGAGUUAUACACUAGGUCAUUCUUGGCACGUCACCCGUAAUUACAACUCACCAUGUCUGAGACUUCCUGCAGUAUGCUCCGACCAAACUUGGACAUAGCAGAUUGCCACGUCAGUCAAUCAUAGCUUUCUCAUUGUUUUAAAUAGGAUCUGACUGCAUCUCAUAAAUACCCUUCCCAGAUAAAAGUGUAUACGAUCUAAUUGUCAGCACACUGUAGCAGUUCCAUUUAUUAGAUAGGAUGAAUGAAACUACUGCCUUAUCUGUUUUUAACCUUAAUGAUGACUUCAUUCUUAGUUUUGUGGUAGCUUUAGAUAACGAUAAGGAUCCAUGGGCCCUUCAUUUAUAUAAUUGUCCUUGUGGUCUGCAUGUUAUUUCAUGGGCAGACACGGUUUUUAAUUCCCACCAUGCAGUACUGGAACAUGUCUAAGAUAAGUGGGACUUCCACUACUAAACAACAUCUACUAUACGUAGUUGCUGUGAUUUUCAUUCUGCUCUUUCCGUAGCUGAAUUAAUUAAACCAGAUCUCAAAACACCUCAACAGCAUAAUUUUGUUUUUCCACAAUGCCUGGUUCACUGUUCUGUUUUUUUUUUUUGUUUUUUUUUGUAUAUGUAGUAAUAUAUAUAUAUAUAUAUAUAUAUAUAUAUUAUAAUAUGUUAAUUACUUUUGAUUCUAUAUAAAUUCCAAAUAUGUAGCUGAUUCAUUUUGAGUAGUAAUUGUGAGAUCAUAAGAAAAGUUGUUACAUCAGGCAUAGGCAACCUUUGGCACUCCAGAUGUUUUGGACUACACCUCCCAUGAUGCUUUGCCAGCAUUAUGGGUGUAAGAGCAUUUUGGGGUAUGUAGUCCAUAACAUCUGCCGAAGGUUGCCAACCUCUGGGUUAAAUUAUCUCGCUGGUAUGUGCCACCUACUUCAAAGAUGAGAAAAUGUAAAGAAAACCAUUAAAAAUAAGAAGAUGUCCUAAAUAAUUGAGAAAGUGUGUGGGAGGGCAAUAUGCAUUGGGGGCUUGUCCGCUCUUUGGAAAAUCAGAGAUUGCUAGAAUUGUUAUUGUAUUCUUACACGUUGUUUCACGAGAUUCAAUGUGAAUCUCAAAAUUUAGACCAUAUCAGCGCAAAAACAAAACAAAAAAAUAAACUAUGUCCGCUUAGUUUGGCUAAUUUAAAUAAUUUUCUAAUUUUCCAUAUUUCAUACUUUAGUGAUUAACCCUGUAGGAUUAUUGUAGCAUAUAUUAACAUAAUCUGCAACAUGUGUAAUAAAUUUACACUACAGAGCCUGUCUGUAUAUUUACUAAAUAGGGUUGUUUUUUUGGGCAGUGAAGUUAAUGUCUAAUGGUAGUUCCCCUACAAACCAGGCGAGUAUAAAUCACAUAAACGGCUGACUUUUGCUUCCUUUGGUGAAAGGAACCGCCAGAGAGGAAAAAGACAGGAAAACCCCACGUUUUGUUUGCUCACAGUAUGUAUGCAGGGAGAAGGAGUCACUGAUACCGUGGGAAUAACAACUUUUAUAUUCGUUACAUUAAUAAAGGGCCAACAAAUUCCACAACACUAACUUAUUCAAUGCAUUCUAAAUCGCACAGUAUUGCAUGAACUCAUUUAGUGGAUAGCUUACUGUCAGGGGAGGACAUUGUUUAACCCCUUAAGGACACAUGACGUGUGACAUGUCAUGAAUCCCUUUUAUUCCAGAAGUUUGGUCAUUAAGGGGUUAAAGGAACACUCCGUGCACCAAUAUAACUCUUUAAUAUGCUGCAUUAAUUGCAUGCUCACAUUUUUAGUUUUUGAACAAAACAUUAAUAUUUUGCCGAAUGCUGCACCAUAAGCCUGCCUUAUUAUAAGGCUUCCUUAUCAAAUUUAUGUACACAGCUCAACCCCUAAAAGCACUGAGUGAGUGGCUUCUAAUUCACAAUUUGGCUGCAGACAGUCAGAGAAGCUACACCCUGAGUGUCCUCUCAGUCAGUUGCAGGUUACAUUGUAGCUCUGAUCACUACAUGCUGUCAUCUGCUGAUCUGUGUGCAUACAAUAGAUAAGGAAGUCUUUUUCUGGAGUGAGUGGGUGUGGCUAAGGAGGGAGGCUUAUUGUGCACCAUUCUGCAAAACAUUUAGCUUAUUUUGUGCAAGAACUGUUUGCACAAAUAUUUGAGCAUGCAAAAAAAAAAAUACAUCCUAUUAAAGGACCACUCUAGGCACCCAGACCACUUCAGCUUAAUGAAGUGGUCUGGGUGCCAGGUCCAGCUAGGGUUAUCCCAUUUUUAAUAAACAUAGCAGUUUCAGAGAAACUGCUAUGUUUAUUAAUGGGUUAAGCCUUCCCCCUAAUCCUCUAGUGGCUGUCUCAUUGACAGCCACUAGAGGCGCUUGCGUGCUUCUCACUGUGAUUUUCACAGUGAGAGCACGCGCCGUCUAUAGGAAAGCAUUGUAAAUGCUUUCCUAUCGCUGAAUGCGCAGCUCUUGCCUUCAGCGGGGGGGAGGAGGAGAAGGAGGAGAGCUCUCCGCCCAGCGCUGGAAAAAGGUAAGUUUUAACCCCUUUCCCCUUUCCAGAGCCGGGCGGGAGGGGGUCCCUAAGGGUGGGGGCACCCUCAGGGCACUAUAGUGCCAGGAAAACGAGUAUGUUUUCCUGGCACUAUAGUGGUCCUUUAAUGAGGUUUAUCGAAUGCAUGAAAGUUGUAUUGGUUUUCGAAUUGUCCCAUUAAGGUGGAGUUGCUGCAAUAGCUGACUGGCCAGUUUUAUCACAAAGUAAUUUCAGUUUGUGGAGAACAACCACUGAAUGAUGCCUGGUGCAAUGUGAAUGGCAAGUGACGUGCUUUGUGAAUCCGUUUAUCCAAGCAGCUUAACUUUGACUUUUCCGGUAAGUCCUAGUGAUACCUUAGCAAUAAUCACUUUUACCAUUUUAAACCCUGCACACAGUAAAUAAACAAUGCAUUGGGACAUCACACAUCCAAAAUAACAUUCAGGGUUGUCAGACUAUGCUUCUGAGGAUCCAGUGAGAUCACAGACAAGAUGGAGGUUUUUUUCCCAUGGAUUCUGACUAGUUCAUUAAACCUAUCAUUAAUAUGGAUAACUUGGAAAAAGGAAGAAAAAGUACCUAGCCAUUCACUGGAGUAAAAUAGAGUAUUUCAGACAACCGCAAGUGGCCAUAUGUAGUACUGCAGGUUCCUAAAAAAAAAAAAAAAAAAUUAGCUUAGAUUCUUCAUAUCAACAAAACCAUAGAUGUAUAUAUGUAACCAGCCACCCUUUCCAGCCCGUCAUGAGCCACUGCAAGUCUUGAGUCAUUAGCCUUUGGGAGUAAUUAAGUCUAAUAAUACAGGGGUGAGACAAAACAAUAUUACAUUACAAACUGCUUUCUCCAGGAAAUAUAUCUAUAUAUAAUAUAAACCUGACUAAACUGUGGUAAUUAAUUAAGAAAAGAUCAUAUCUGGACAACGAUAUGACAAUUAUCUUCAAGAUUAAUUCCAUAAUUAUGUGAUUCAGUGUUUUGUUUUGUUUUCAUGUAUAAUUUAAGGAAAGAGCCUGCCUGGAAUAGUUUUUAGUAACACAAGGUAAAACAGAGUCUCAGAGGGGAUAUGAUUGCAUUAUACAAAUAUAUAUGGGGUCAAUACAAACCAUUGUCUGGAAAACUGUUCAUAACAGGACUAUGCAUAGGACACGAGGUCACACAUUUAGACUGGAAGAAAGGAGAUUUAGACUAAGGCAGAGGAAAGGGGUUUUUACAGUAAGAGUAAUAAGGAUGUGGAAUUCUCUGCCUGAAGAAGUGGUUUUAUCACAGUCUGUACAGAUGUUUUAACCAGCUGGAUAAAUACUUGCAAAAACAUAGUAUUCAGGGAUAAAAUGUCUAAUUAGUGGGGUAAUAGCUUCUUGAUUCAAGGAGACAUCUGACUGCCAUUAUGGGGUCAUGAAGGAUUUUUUUUUCUAGUUUGUUGCAAAUUUGGAUGCGCUUCAAACUGGAGUAUGUGCCUUCUUUUGGAUCAACAGCAAAACAGAUGUGAGGAAGGUUGAACUUGAUGGAUGCAUGUCUCGUUUCAUCCUACGUAACUAUGUUUACCAUCUCCUGUUUUGCCCCCUGCUUGCCAUAGUUGUGUCCUCUUUAAAAAAUGCUGGGGACAAUUUUGGCCUAGUGAUUCCCCAAAUUCUAUUCUUCAUCUUGAGACACUUUCAAAUUCCACUUUACAUCUCUUAGCAAAUUAUUUCACCCUGCCUUAUUGUGCUAUGCUGAUGAUGUGUAUUGAACCAACUGUAGAGGAAGUAAAGUGCACUUGUUAGUCCAUGUCCAUCAUCAAACGGUUUCCAGGCUUGUUUUUUGGCCCUGUAUGUCAUCCAGCUGUGUACAAUAAACCGCGUAUCUUGAGACACAUGCUAUUAGUACGGAAGCUAAUCAGGCUUUCCUUCCUGCUUCUGAAUUUGCACAUUGCCCGUUAAUGUGUCCGACAGUGACAAUGCAUAUAAACCACUCGAUGGGAAAAAUGUUUCUGUGUAUUCUUAAAAUUAAUUAUUUGGACAAGAAAGAAAUAAUGGACUUGCAUAUUAUCUCGUAUUAAGCCAUGUUAGUGCUACAAGAAAGCAAACGGUUAUGGUGUAUGGGUGCUUGGGCACCGACCUCUGUUUUCUCUCUUCACCUAUAGGUAAGAAAUCCCACAUCAACCAGAGGAUAAAGAUGGGGAUCAUGGAAUUAGCCAUCCUUCAAUCUCCAAACCCCAUUUAAAAAUGGGGGUAUCUUUCUUCCCAAAAUAUGUGUUAAUGAUCUUUCUAGGUGAACCAAAGUUAGCUCGUAUCUGACCUUGUGACCUCUUUUUAGUUGGUUUGGCCAAUUGUACGUUCUUGGGGAGGUUUGUCUUCGUAUGCCUUUCCUUUCUUUGACUUCAGGAAGUUACAUAGUGACAAACAUAAUAUUUUAGGAUGAAAAAGACUACCGUCCACCUUUUAUGCUGUUGAUCCAUAGAAGGGAGGAUCGUAAGUAGAAACAAUAUAACCGAUAUUGGACACACGAAAUGGUUAAGAACAUUCUUCUAGCUUUAUUGAUUGGUCUAGCGCCUCCAUUCUUUAAACAGAUCUACAUUAGCUCAGAGUUAAAGCAUACAUGUCUUUAUGUUACAAUAGUUAACAAUUCAAAAGAGAAAGCAUACAGGAAAAAUGAAAUAAUGUUUUUAUUGCUCUUAAUUUGCAUUGCGUGCCUUUGCUGUGCCAGGAGUGAACUGGAUUGUGAUGUGACUAACUCGAUUUUUAAUAUAAGACAGAGUAUUACAACAAACUGUAGUAACAGCAAUUUGUGUAUCCCGCACAUGUGUUAUCUGUAAUCUCGGGUACCAUGGUGGAAAACCGUCUAAAUGGUUUUGUCUGUGUUGGUCAUAUCAUGAAUAGUUAAAUCCCUUUUAUAAUUGUGUAUUGCAGCAGGAAUAAAGAUUUGCAGUGACUCUGCCAGUUUCUGCCUGUUACACAAGAAAAGGCAAAUAUAAACAGGGAUUGUUUGUAGAAAGCCUGCCUACUGUUUGGAAAACUGGGGUCACAUUCAGAUGUAAAUAGGGAAAGAGCACAAUCCAUGUUGCAGCAAAAGAUAAGGGCCUAUUAUUCUGAGGUUUUUUGUUGUCGUUACAUUUUAUUUAUUUAUUUAUUUAUUUAUUUUUAAACAAAAUGCAUGAUGAAACCCCUUAAAGGUCCACUCCGGGCACUAUAAAAACUGAAUCAAAAAGUUGUUUUGGUGCAAGGAUGUCCCGGUUGCCAGUUUACUUGAAGUGGUCAAACUCUUAAGACUGUUUAACCCCAGAGUCUUUAAUUUGACUCCUGUCCGCUCUGCCCCUUUCACUUCUGUUCCAGUAUGAGGCUUCAAUCAAGAAGUCUCUGCCUGGGCAACACUGCUGGCUGAGAGCGUCCGCUGAUGGAGUGAUUAAAAAAAAAAAAAAGUACCAGCAUCAGGGACCUCCUUGCUCCAUAAUAAUUUCACUACAAUUAAUUUGGUUUGGUGCCUGGAGUGCCCCUUUUAAGGAUGACAAUAAAAAAGGGGUGACAUUUUGUGUCUUCCAGAUUUUAAGGGGGUUAUUCACUAAAAGGUUAAAUAAGCCAUCUGCAGCAACUCCGAGUCAAAGGUGGUUUAACACCGAGCCAUUGGAUGAUUCCAGACACCAUCACCACUUCAAUGAGAUGAAGUGGUGAUGGUGCCUAUAGUGUCAGUUUAACUCUGGCUACUGAAUAUCAGUUCUCUAAUUUAUCUGUUGGAAAAUUACUGUUUAAUUACCAGAGAUAGUGUUGUUAUUAUUAUGUAAUUAUUUAUAUAGUGCCAUCAAAUUCCGCAGCGCUUUACAAUGGGUGGACGAACAGACAUGUAGUUGGAACCAGACAAGUUGGACACACAGGAACAGAGGGGUUGAGGGCCCUGCUCGAAGAGCUUACAUGCUAGAGGGAGUGGGGUAAAAUGACACAAAAAAGGUAAGGAUAGUAUUAGACUAGUGACAGUUGCAGAAGAGGAAUCCGUUGGGAGCUAUUAACCGUUUCUUUCUUAUAACAGAAUCUAGAAUGUUGUGUUUCCUUGUGUAACAGAUUAUGGGAACAUGUACUGUUAAAUUAGCAGAGAUGUGCUUAUCUCUCGUAAUAGCCCCUAACUGAUGAGGUCUUGCGGGAAAUAUUUUAGUUCGGGAACAAAAAUCACUGAAGUCACUAAAAUCUACAGUUUAUAAAAAAAAAAAUGAACCCUUCACCCAACUGCUUCAUAGGAUGCCAUCCCUAUAGCUUCAAACAUUGAGAGGUAUAGAAUCAGGACCGGGGUGGAUCUAUAUGAAGUGCGCCAGUAAUGCAACUUGCAUCACUGGAAAUGCCCAAAGGAGGUGGGUACCUGUCUGGCAUGAAUGUAAGCCUGACUGUCCCUCUGUGGCCCUGGUAAGGUUCCUUUCUAUGACUGCCUCUACCAGAUGUGCAACAAAAUAUAUUUUUCUGCACAAAUGGAUUUAAAUAUUCCCAGAUGUUUUCAAAAUGCGUCAUUGCUGCACCAGUCCAUUCUGGAAUGGUUCUGGAGACCAGCGUGCAGUCAGGUAUACUUCUCUUUUACAUUUUAUUAAUGAAUGGGGGAACUAGGACAUUAUGUCACAUCCUGAUGUUUACAGUCUGUCUGUGAUACAGAGAGCCAGUUAGGAAGAGAAUAGAUUUUUAUUUUCCUACUGCUAGGUGUUCUGUUAUCCGCUAUUUGACUUGGUACACAUAGUGACAUAGGCCUGGUCACAAUUGCACUCUUUAUAUAAACUAUCAGAGUUAAUCACUAAAGUAAGAAUGGGAAUUAAAAGAGAACUGGAAGUGAAUUGCAAAAUGUAAUCCAAAAAAAUCAAAAUGAGAGAAAUUCACAAGUUUUCAGUUUGGCUUACAUUUAAAAUCCCCGCAAUUCUCAAUUUAGUGAAUUAACCUGAAUAUGUCAUGGCUUAUGAACAGAGGGUGGUCAUGCUUCACUCUCUUCUACAGUACUGAAAUAAUGUUUAAAGUAAUAUAUUUAAAACAAGUUUCUUUUUUUUCUUUUCUUUUGUGCAGGAAGCUGUGCCUAAGAUGUCAGCGAGCAAAGAAGGUGCACAUAAAAAAUGGGCGGCUCUAAAGGAGAAACUAAGCCCUCAGAGCCCCGACCAGAUUGAGGGUAACCUGGAGAAUGCAGACCCUGAAUUAUGCAUCCGACUCUUGCAAAUCCCAUCUGUUGUAAACUACUCCGGUCUGAAAAAACGCCUGGAGAGCAGUGAUGACAACUGGAUCGUACAGUUCUUGGAGCUCAGUGGACUGGACCUUCUCCUGGAAGCCCUGGACACACUAUCGGGGAGAGGGGUAUCUAGAAUUGCUGACGCCCUCCUCCAGCUGACUUGCAUAAACUGUGUCCGAACAAUUAUGAAUUCCCACAAGGGAAUUGAGUAUAUAGUUGAGAAUGAAGGUUACGUCCGGAAAAUUUCCCAAGGUGAGGAACUCGUCAUUCUUUAAAUCUGUUAUUUGGGUUAACCCACUUUCCAUUCAUGGUGUCCAAAACAAAAAAAGAAAACAUACAUAAUUCCUUGCAUUCUAACUAACUUUUCCUGCAGUUCGUUGCAGCUUUUUAAUGUUCCAGAUAUCAGCUGGGCAUUAAGGUUACCACUUUUAUAACUGGACCACUCCUAUUAUCCAAUAUAUAUUUCUUACAAUUCCAUUCCCGUCCGAGGAUUCCAUAGAUUUGUAACAUUUACAGGGUUUUGUCCUCCUCUAGUGACUGUCAUACUGACCGCCACUAUUAUUACUAUUAAUAAUACUAUUAUUGGCAUUUAUGUAUCACCAUCCUAUACCUUUUAUUAACCAUAUUAUAAAAGGGGGAAACUUAGCAACUGAGGUGCUUUUGCAGCACCAACUAAGUAAAUUUGGGUCACAUGAUGCAGAAGCCCCUAUAGGAAAGCACUGAUUCAAUAUUUAUCUAUGGGGAGACUUGGUUAGCACAUAGCGUUCACCGCACAAGCGCAUCGGGUCCCCCACUCCCCUCCAUGAGAAGCAUUUUAUUCGACAUUGGCCAUGCCUCCUCUGUGACAAAAAAAAAAGGUUUAGGAAAACAUUUAGCUUUAUUAUAUUCUAUGGCAAAUGGGGGGAGAGGGCGCUGUGUUUUUUUUUUUUUUAUAGGGACAUGGACGCCAUAGGAAUAGGAGUUUAUUAAAAAAAAAAUUGUAAUUUGUUUUUUAAAUGAGGAAAAAAGUGAAAGUCAAGUUAUGAUUGUUUAUUAAUUAAUAUAACAGGUAAUCACUGGCAGUAUAACAUUGUUUCUUUCAUCCAGAGCGUUCACUGUAUGUUUUCUAUAUAAUCUCUGUUUUACAGCGCUGGACACGUCCAAUGUGAUGGUCAAGAAACAGGUUUUUGAGUUGUUGGCUGCACUUUGCAUCUACUCCACUGAAGGACACGCUUUGGCUUUGGAUGCUCUUCAGCACUAUAAGGUAAACAACUUAUUGGCAUACAGAAAAAGACCUUUACUUAUUUUUUCAUAUAUAUUUAUAUAUUAUUAUUUUUUUUAAUUUUAUGAAAGUAUAAUUUGAUAGGACAGGGUACAGAAUUUCAAAUCGUGACAUAGUAGCCAGGAUAAAAAGUUAAUGGAGCACUCCAAGCACCAUAACCACUAUAGCACGCUGUAGUGAUAAUGGUACCAGGAGUGACUUGGUGCCUCCCAGUGUAUGUAGCCAAACCAUUUUACCUGGGGUUCUUCUGGUGUCGCUCCCCACCUCCCUUCUGAUAGAGAGUUGGAAGCUGAUACUUAGGAGCUUCAUUUAGCUCUCCAGUGCAGGACCAACUCUUUGAGUUCAUCAGUAAAUGCCCAAGUCUUAGCUUGGAGUAAGAAGAGAAAAAUGCCUGGUAGACAGCCACAGAGGGCAGACUUAGAGCUUCAAUGUAAACUAAGUGCAAAAGGGUCACAGCACCCAGACCGCUUCAAUUAGAUGAAGUGGUCUGGGUGCCUACAGUGUCCCUUUAACAGACUUUGUCAUUCACAAUCAUGGACAAAAAGAAAACAAAAAAAGUCUAAAUAAAUGGUGCAGAUCUGUCAAUUUGCUUAUUGAAAAGUUUGAAAGGUAUAACAGUAGACCGUGAUCCAUGUUUAAGACAUGGUUAAAUUAAUGACUGCCUCAUCAUAUUGACACAUUACAAUAAGCAAAUAUGAACCAGUAGCCCAAAAAUAAAAUCAGGUCUAAAUUUAAAAUGCUUAAGAUUAUUUUUGCCGUGGUUUAAAAGAAAGCCGAAUGUUUAAAAUUUUAUAUUAACUUAACAACUUUUAUAUCGACAUAUCAAGUAUAUCAUUUAUAUCGACAUAUCUACAAACGAGAUUUUCAAGAAGGAAUGCAAAUUUUGAAAAGUUUUAGUAUAAUAAACAUGAUUUUUGGAAGAGGGGUUAUGAACAAGAGUAAUUUUUCCUUAACAGACCGUGAAGAGCCAACAGUAUCGAUUCAGUGUAAUAUUGAUUGAACUGUCAACGACGGACAAUGUUCCAUAUAUGGUGACACUGCUGAGUGUUAUAAAUGCCGUGAUAUUGGGGACAGAAGAACUUCGCCUACGCGUACAACUACGAAAUGAGUUUAUAGGUAAUAUCAGAUGUCAAAUACGGAACAGAAAUGUGUGCAUUUUAUAUCUUCAAGUGAAAAAAAACUUUUCUUCCUGGUAAGAGUAUAAUAUUCGAUUUCUGAAUGAAACACAGUCCAUUCAAAAUACUUAUUUUACUUAAUUAUGUAAUCUGGUGGUAAAAUACAAAUAUGGCAAUUGAAAGAUUUGUGCCUGAUUAUGGCCUCCAUUUAAUAUUGUUAGACACACUUUUAAAAUUCUUUAAUAUUUUGAGAAUUUUUUUUAUAUUUAUAUAAAUAUUGUAUGUAUUUAAUUUUUUUAAUGUAUUUUAAUAUAAAUAUAUAUAUUUAUUUAAAGGAUAUGUAAAAUUUUAAAUACUUAUCCAAAAUAAUAAAGGCUUAUAUUUGUUGAUCAUGCCACCCCAUUUUAUUAUUAAGGGGAGCAUGUAUAAAAGAUGCAUUAAUUUACAGUUUAUUUAAUGUUGAGAAGAAUCUAGUAUAAUAACAGACCUAUAUUAAAGUAGAAGGGGGAAGCAUAAACCAUGGUUAGGGGGUGUAAAACUUGUUUUGCCCUGGGCGUUGGUAACCCAUACCAAGUCACUGGUUUGCACUAUUAUUCAGAGUUUAGCUAGUGAAUAAUUCUGUGUUAUCACUAAAGGGAUUUUACAAUUUUAAGUCCAACAAAAAACAUGAUUUUGCAAAUUUGAAAUUCACUUUAAACUUCUCUUGCGCGGUCAAAAGACUUAAAAUAUGCACAGAAUUGACAUUAGGUGAAGCUGAAACACUGCCCAUACACACUCCUACCACCAUGACCACUUUAAAUCACUGAAGUGGUUAUGGUGGUUGGAGUAUCCCUUUAAUCGUGUGUUUUAAAGCACACCCCUUCCUGGUGUUAAAUGGGCAAAGAGUUAUUCACUAAAGUGAUGUCAAGAAUCCAAUAUGAAUUUAACAUUUUAGACCAAAAUACUCAAACUGACAGCUGACUAGUUUUUCCUAGUUUUCCGAUUAAAGGAACACUAACUAUUUAAAUUAUUGUGUCCCCCUUAAUUAAAUAAAAUAACGCUUUUUUUAUUAUUAUUAUUUUUUUAUUUUAACUGAUUUUCCCCAGUAUUUGAAAGUGAAUUUCAAAUUCAAGGCCAAAGUAGCUGAAAUGGAUUUGAAGCGGACUGGAAUAAUUUUCUCCAUUUUGUCUAUUAGCUUUAAAUUUGAAAUUCACUUUGAAUUCCUGACAAUUUUCGAUUUUGGUAAAUAACCCUGAAUGCCAUUUGUCUACAUGGCAAAAGGUUGCCACAGUCACUACUGUCUCACAUUCUUUAAAGGGAUACUAAAGUGCCAGGAAUACAAAGCUGUAUUCCUGGCACUAUAGGUCCCCCUGCCUUCCCCUACCUACCAAAAGGGUUAAACACCCUUUAUUUACUUACUUGAUCCCAGGGCCGAUGUCCCUCUGCGCUGGGUCAACGCUCUACCCUUCCAACAUCCCCUGAUGAGCAGGCUCUAAUGCGCAUGCACAGCAAAUACAGCGUGCGCAUUAGACCUCCCCAUAGGAAAGCAAUGUAUCAAUGGUUUCCUAUGGGGAAACAUCUGACGCUGGAUGUCUUCAUGUCGAGCGUGAGGACGUCCAGCGUCAGAUACCGGACCAAAAGUCUGUUUCGAUCCAAGAAGCGCCCCUAGUGACUGUCUGGGAGAUAGCCACUGGAGGCAGACUUAGUGCUGCAAUGUUUAACAUUGCAGCACUAAGUGCAAAAGGAAAAUUGCACCCAGACCACUUCAAUGAGCUGAAGUGGUUUUGGUGCCUAUAGUGUCCCUUUAAACCUUUUCCUAGGACCCAAGAGCUGAGUAGAAUUUUAGGAUUUCCCUACUGGUGCACAGGUGUCAUUAAAUCUGCUUGAUCCACUGAUUAGCACACCUGUGCUUGGCAGGGAUAUUAUGAAAACAUUGCUGGUCAGUUUCUCCUGAAGACAGGUAUGAAAGUCACUGACUUACCUCCAUGAAAACGUGGCUAUGUCUGGUGUAAACUGUGAGAUAUUCUGUGCUGUGAUUUUAAUCUGAUUGUAUCUAUUACAGCAGGUUUAAAAACCACCCUUAGGCAAGAUAUUGAUAUAUUCUAAUGGAAAAAGCACACAAAAAACACUAAAAUCUGCUCUCAGGACAAGUUGAUCAUUUACUGCAUAUCAUAGUGAACACAACACACACAUUUAAACCCAUCUGGUUAUUUAAUAAAGUGUGAGCUGUAUUGAAUCUACAGCAAAUUUUACCUUUUUAGAAGCAAAAAAAAAAAAAAAGCUAAGUUGAAAACAAAACUGACUUGGGAUUUUUUUCAAUUUGGCUAGAAUCGCAUGAAAUGUAACAUUCCCUUUUGAUUCCUAAAAUUCACACUUUAGUGAAUAAUCCUGAACAGUAAUCUAUUUCAGGAAAUUUAACACAAUAAUUCUCUACUUAAUUUAUCAACUCACUCCCUGUGUCCUGACCAUAAACUCUAGGCACUAAAACCAUGUUUGGGUAAAUAAUGAAAUAUAGGUUGAAUGUACAUCUAUGAAAAUUACUUUUAUUAGGACCUUUAAACAGCCUUCAAUUGAUGCUGUAUAACUGAUAUGGAGACCAGUUUAAAAAUGCUUAAUUAUUUAAUACUGCUGAAAGACUAGGGCAUGAAAUGUCCCGAAGUUAAACCAAAAUUCCAUCAUUCAAUACUGACGAGAGAGAGAGAGUUAAUAAACAUCAAGACUAUUCUUUAUUUUCUCACAAUUUCACUGAUAAUGUAUAAUUGCAGUACCCGUACCAAUUCUAUCAAUGAUGUGUUAGGAAGGUGGAAAAUUGUGUAUACAACCUAAUGUUUUACACAUUAAACCAACCUAUAAAAAAAAAUAUAUAUAAAUUCAUGAAUAACAAGACCUGCAAUUUUCGUCAAUAAAAACAAAAAAACAUUUUUCUGCAAGUAUUGUUGAUGCAUCAAUCGUUUCAGAUCCACAUUUUUGUUUCCAAUACGUAUAUUUACAGCUUAUCAGAAUUCAUAACACCUUCAGGUGUACAUUAAGACAUUGAUUGCUAAUUAUACAAACCUUAGUUACGCAGUGUAAUUUGUGGAAGUCCUAUAACAGUUGGCAUCUUGUAGUUCCUGCGUUAGCUGUAGAAUCCCUGUGUGUCUGAUCAAGUUGCUCGACCUAAUCAUGAGAUGUCCAAUAAAAAAUACAUAUAUUACAGGGCUGUUUGGCUUCCUGUUUUGUUUUAACGGUUAAAUCCAUCUAUUUCAGGCCUGCAGCUGCUGGAUUUGCUAACAAAGUUAAGGUAAGGAUGUACUCAGUUAAACUGAAUUGAAAGGUAAAUGCUUUCUCUUCUGAGACUAUUUUAUAAUGUUAAGUUCGGUUUGACACAUUCCCUUUAAUGCAUUGAUGUUUUGUUCACUAAGUUAUCUAAACCUAUAAUCCUGUUUCUGGUAGCUGUUUUGUCACAUGAGGUUAUUUAACUAGAAUGUGAAUUCCAAGUAAAUUUAAAACUUACAGUCAAAAUAUCUUAACUGGAAAAAUUCCAGAAAUCCGCAAGUUUGGUCUAAAAAUGCAAAUUCACUCUGAAAUUUAAGACAAUUUACACUUGAGUGCAUAACAGUCAAAUCUAUAACUAAUAUGCUUAUCAGACAGUAGUGUGAUCUGAAUGUAUAGAAAGCUGUUGCCACGACUGUUCGGAUCAUUGCAUUUUUUUUAAUAUAAAAUCCCUGAUUGAAUGGUGAUUUGUAGAAAGUUGUACAUGCAUGGUUUGGUAUUAGACCAUGAAAGAGGUGUUAAACUAACCAGCCAAUUAAUUACUGUGGUUAAUGGGCUUUUUUUUUUUGGGUUUAACCUUGGCCUUUGUGUAUUCAGGAAUUAUGGUGUGGGAUUCUAAAUUCUUUUUUAAAAAGUCUAUUCUAUAAAAACCGUUACAUUUGUAGCUGCAAGUAUCAUUUCCCCUCAAUAUAUGUAGUUAACUAGUUGUGAUAAACAUUUAAUUAACCCAAACUGAUAAUUUAUGCAUUUUGUCUUGGAAAUAAACCUACGUGGGCUUGUUCACUGAAUUCUUAACUGCCGUCGAUGAAACGUUGCAAAAUUCAGGCUAUAAUAGUCAAGCUAUAGUUAUUAGCGGACCUGGAGAAUUUCUGAAUUGACUAUUUUGGUCUUUUUUUUUUUUUUUUUUUGGUCAUUUGGGUUUUCAGUUCACUAAAAAAUUAUAGUUUAAUGAAUAAUUCCAUUAGCAUUAUACACUAAAGUGUGAAUUGUCAGGAUUUCAAAGUGGUGAUUUCCAAAUUUGAGCCCCAAGUAGCCAAACUACAAAAAAAUCUCCUAGUCAUCUGAUCAUUCAGUUUAAAUGUUUUUGCCUAAAAUCUGAAGUUAACUAUCCAUUCUUGAAUUGUGACAAUUUACACAUUAGACGCUAUGUACGAGGUCUUUCCGGAAAGUAUCCAGCCACAUAACAUGAAAAAUAGAGACAGUAAUUGAAGAAAAUACAAGAAACAUUGUACAUAGUCGCUACCUUGGGAUCUCACACUGUUCUCCCCGUGUCUCUACCACUACUCAAAACACUCUGCAAAAUCCUUUGUUGGAAUCGCCAUCAGCUGCCAUAUUUAUCUGAAAUCUCUUUCCUUUAACCCCUUAAGGAUACAUGACAUGUCAUGAUUCCCUUUUAUUCCAGAAGUUUGGUCCAUAAGGGGUUAAAUGGUGAUUUUAGUUUUGGGAAAAGUCACAGGGCACCAACUCUUUCAACAGAUGAGACAGCCACUAGAGGCUGGAUUAACCCAUUUGUAAACAUAGCAGUUUCUCUGAAACUGCAAGGUUUACAGUAGAAAGGGUUAAUCCUAGAUGGACCUGGCACCCAGACCACUUCCUUAAGCUGAAGUGGUCUGGGUGUCUAUAAUGGUCCUUUAACGCAAAAUUGGAUGCUCUUCUCACUCAGUAAUAUUGAAUGAGAGGGCCACACAGUACACAUGCUCACUGAAUGGCAUCUUGGCGCCCCCACUGACUAGUACAAUGAAGUUGUCAUUGUUCACGCAUGCACAUUCCAAUCCAGUCCACUUUUCUUGGCUGCCAAGUUACACUGAUGUUGCGUAAACCGUUCUCAUUAUAUUAACAAUGGCUUGAGUUUUUCUGGACAGACCUUGUUUGUGUGUGUGUGUAUAUAUGUAUAUGUGUGUGUGUGUGUGUAUGUAUGUAUGUAUGUAUGUAUAUGUAUAUUUAAAUGCACAGUAGCCGUUUUCUGUACUGCAUCUCAGCAUGUAAAUAUUAUUUGGCCAAAGAUGUUCUGUUGUGACCUCAUGUUGCCCCCUAGUAAUUUGCUAUAUAUAUCCAUAUACCUCUCAGGGAUCUGGAGGAUGAAGACCUGCUGAUACAAGCAAUUGUAUUUGAAGAAGCCAAGUUGGAAGAUGAAGAAGAACUACUUAAGAUCUAUGGAGGGACUGAUAUGAAUAACCAUCAAGCUGUCUUCUCUACGCUCUUCAACAAAGUAAGUCACAGGGCACAGGUAAAAAAUAUAUGCUUUUAAAAUAACCUUAAAAUAAAAUAGAAUUAUUUUCACUUCAGUCAAGAUCAAGUAAAGAGCAAAAUGGAGGAAACCAAGGGACCAGGGGCAAUGUUAGUGGAGGGCCAACCCAGACAAGGUAGGUAGGCAUUAAAAAGCCACGGUUGUGCUGGAAAUUCAUAACUGAAGUGCUGAGACUUUGCAGUCACAUGCCAGAACUGCAGUAAUGUAUCGAUGGGUCACCACUUAUUUCAGUACUAGUGUGUGUGUGUGUGUGUGUGUGUGUAUACGAUGGAAUGUGAUUAUUACACUUUCCACCUGAUGCCAGUAUGUGUUGCUACAGGGGAGCGGUUACUUUGUGGUACAAAGCUUGCUCUCUCUGCUCUGACCAGACCCAUCAUCAUAAAUGUUCCAGCACGUUGCUGAAGUUACCAGAACCUCACUGAUAAGGCUGGUUCCAGUGCAAAGCUAAGCUCAGCCACAGCCUAAUAACUAGCACUGGUAGUGAGAAUUCUUCUACCCCAAACAUACAGUCGGACUCGUUGGCAGAUUAUCUCCUAUUUGCAAUAGGCGGACUGAAAAGAUAUACGUAGAAGAGGCUAUUGGGAAAUCUCCACUUUGGUUUUUUUCUCAUGAUCUAUAUUACAUUUUACAAUUUGAAGAGCCGUGUAGUGGUUACCCCGAUGAGUAGAGGGUUUCCCACCGCUAGAGGGUGUCCUUCUCCCGAUGGUGAGGGGUAUUCUCAGCAUUCAGCAGUCAUUCAAAAGUUGAGAAGCUCUUAAAAGAGCUAGUGUUAUAGCUGUAUAGCAGUUUCCCCCAAUAAGAGACAAGACUCUAGAUUGAGGGUAAAGUAAGAACUGGCUUAAUGAGCACACAAGCCUUUCUUUUAUACAAGUUAUUCCACAAGGUUACCACCUAUGUGGACCUUGUUGGGCACAAAAAUACAAACUCAACAACCAAUAGCUUACAGUCACACAGUUAAACACUCCCAUUUAUUGAUGUAAAUUCCUCCCCUCUUCUUGGGAGAUAAUUGAGUUAAUUGCUGUAUCAACUCAAUUAUCUCAAAGUGAAAAAUACACUUUCUACUCACUUUUUAUAACAUCAAAACUAUCCCUUCAUUUUCAGAACCAGCAUAAUUGGGGAACAAACAUAUUCAAAAAUCAGGCGAAUCGGUCCAGGGGUUCAGUAGAUAGAUGAAAGUCUUUUUUGACCGACCGCACACGUUUUCAUACCCAAAACAGUUCUACAGAUUCAUGCUGUGCGGCCGGUCUAUCUUCCCCUUCAAAUAAAGUAUAAAUUGCACAAACUUAUCAUUCGGGAGUUUGUUCUGCAGAAUUAGCGCUCUGUUCGUAUGGAUUUAGCCGAACGCAGGAAGGUAGAAGUCUCAGCUGUGUAUGUGAAAAUAGUAGCCGAAAAUAGUUCAAUGACCAAAUACCGCUGAGCGCGUGUUCAUGUAGACGAACGCCAACCACCCUGUUGAUCAAUUAGAACGUUCAGGUGUUCGUGGUUUUGGAGGUGUUAAUACAGUCAUGGAGGUUAAUGGGUGCCACACUCCUGUUCUGGGUGGUCGGUCGUUCGGCAGAAAAUUCUUGAUUCCAACGGCUCUUAGCACAAUAAAGGUCUUUUCAUUUUAGACGAAUGGGUUUUAAACGAACAUAUUUUCCAAGUUUUAGAAAUCAGGGACAGAGGGUCUGUCACAAGCCGUAUUAGAGAAAAGUGUUUUUCAGAAUCCAAACACAGAAAUCACUUGUUCUCUGCCUCCAUGUUUAUAUUAUUUCUCUCCAUUUCUCCCCAUAAUGCAUGCUCCUUCCACCUUGUAACUGACUGGUACUUUGUCCCCAUCAACAAUUUAGAUCUGAUUAAAUACUGGAUGCAGAUAUCAAUGUGGAGCUAGGCAACAUCUGGCACAGUUGCCAAGUAAUAGUACCAGACACAGCCGGAUGUUUUACAGCCCCUUAAGUCACCGGUCCAUCCUAUGUAAGAGAGAUAAUACUGGAUUUUAUAGAGGAUGUUAUUGUUGGCAUUUAACGACGUGCCUGUGGAUUGCUAUGUCCUCUCCUAGUUUAGUUUAUGUGAAUACAUGGUUUAUGUAAUUUAUGUAUGUCUUGUUUGUUAUUUUUCCUUUGCUUUAGGUUAGCUGCUCGCCACUUUCUGUACAGCUUUUGUCAAUCCUGCAGGGCCUGCUCCAUUUGGAUCCGUCUCACCCUUCCAGUCCUUUACUGUGGGAAACCCUGGAGAUUUUGGUGAACCGAGCAGUUUUACUUGCAGAUGACUGUAAGAAUGUUUGUCUUAUUUAUACAAACAUGUAUUUUGCACGUUAGUGCUUCCCUGCCUAUUUAGAUUAGUGGGCCCCCUGUAAAACUGAAAACACGGCAUUUUACUUCUCUUUCUACCCACAUCCUGUUGGUCUCUCCAUGGCUGCUGCUCUGCCCCGGAUGAGAUCAUCAGUGGCCAUGAUCUGAGCCAAUCCAAAGUUUACCCUUUUGUGGACACAUGCGUGGCAAUCACUGAUUUGUACCAGUUCAGCAUCUUCUAAUAGAGAUGCAUUAGCUCUAUGAAAAGUGUGUAGUCUUCCAAAGAUUGCAGCACCACAACAGGAAGUGCCUCCACUGGCUGGCUGAGUGACAGCUACUACAAUUGGUCUUAGAAUUAAAUAUAAAAGUUGCUCCUUUCUCAGAGAGGGUCUCUUUGCACAGGAACCAUUGUAUUAAGCUGUAGUGGUUUUGGUGCAUUUGUAGUGGUUUUACAUAAGUUAAUGUAAAUUCAAGAUGUCAAGUCUGAAAUGCACCUUUGCACCCCUUACGGUUUUUGUCUUCUAAACCCUCAGGGGUUGGGUAGUCACUUAUUAAAUAUAAGGGAUGAGUAAACAUAAUGUUAGAAAUUCUGUGAAAUUCUGGUUCACCUCUAAAUCAGGUGCUAUAGGUCUGUGAAGUGUUGAGGUGGACUCUCCUGUAAAGUAUUUUGAAAGAUCUACAUAUCGUUUAAAUGGUUAUGGUGUCUCCUGGCGCUGUCUUUCCAUUUAGCUUUAAACCAUCUUUAAUGUUUUAAUAAUAAACGAGGGUCUCCAGCAACCCAUUACCUCCGUGCUGCUUGAUCUAAUGAGGAAGCGUUAGCAUAAACAGUAGUGGGUAGCUGUGAGAGUGUCCACUGACAUCAUUCAGCCUAUCACAGAGCUCACUGCUGGUAUGAAUCGAUAUGGUUUGAAGGAAGUGUGUAAUAUCUGCCUUAGCAAUACCUUUAGUGGGGAAGGAGCUAGGGGAAGCCAGGGACUCUCAUUUAGUGUUAAACUGCUCAGAAAAUAGAGGGACAGCACCAGUGGACUCUGGGCACUAUAACCAAUUCAAUUAGAUGAAAUGGUUACAGUGCAUACAGUAUCCCUUUAAUUGUUAUUACUUUAUCACAAUAUUUUAAUUUUUCAGGCAAAGACCAAAACCUCAAUGACAUUAUGGACAGACUCUUAGCUUCAAAGAAACACCCAAGCAAACAAAAAUACAAGCAAGACCGAUGUAUUGAAAAACUAAAUAAAAGUAUUCAAACUGACAAACCCAUAGAUGAUUUUCGUGAUGAAGACUUGGGAAUUGCAUUGCAAAAACCUCUGAAGGCUGCAGACUUUUUGCCAUUAUCUGGUUCUCAAUCAGAUCAUACUUUAACAGGACAUGUACCUCCCCCACCCUCCUCUACCUCACCAUUGUCCCCUCCUCCUCCUCCUCCUCCCCCUCCACCGCUUCCUGGAAUUGGUGGAUUUUCUCCUCCGCUGCCGCCUCCCCCACCCCCAGGAAUGAUGCGUGGCAUUCCUCCACCUCCUCCCCCACUGCAUGGAAUGGGGGGGUUUCCUCCACCUCCUCCCCCACUACCUGGAAUGGGAGGAUUUCCUCCACCUCCUCCCCCACUGCCUGGAAUGGGAGGAUUUCCUCCACCUCCUCCCCCACUGCCUGGAAUGGGAGGAUUUCCUCCACCUCCUCCCCCACCGCCUGGAAUGGGAGGAUUUCCUCCACCUCCUCCCCCACCACCUGGAAUGGGGGGAUUUCCUCCACCACCUCCACCAUUUCCUGGUAUGGGUGGCACUGAUGAAGUUGUGGUAGCCCGUGUUGACUUCUCCUUGGGAUGCUCAAGACCAGCUUCCUUCAAAGUCAAUAAACCAACACUAAAAAUGAAGAAACUUAAUUGGCAGAAACUCCCACCAAAUGUUGUUAAAGGUAGGUAGCCGCAAUUGUAACUUCUAGCAUUCAAAAGAAUGACAUGGCUAUGAAUUCCUCUGGGAAGGCUACAAUGAUUUAAACAGAAUAAGAGAAAUUGACCCUAUAAGGGUCCUGAAUAUGUAUAGUCGUGAACAGAUAAGGGGGUAACCCUAAAAUGAUAGAUGAAAACAAAAAAAGGAGACUAAUCUGUCACAAAAUUCAAUGAAAAGAAGGGAAUAUAGACAAAAUACUUUAUUAAUAGAAAUACAAACAAUCACAAACACCUACUCAAUCACUGAUCACUGCUAUCUAAAUACUCGAUAAUGGAGGUAGCAAAUGUGAUCAAGUGAUAUACCUUAGGUAAGGGAUAAAUAAACGAACAGGAAUGGGAGUGGGAUAAAAUACAAUGAAUGUACAAACAACCAGACAAGAAACACCCAAAAGGAAAAAGAAAAAACGUAAUAAUAACCAAAAACAAUAUUAAUGGCAAUUAAUGAGUACUCAGCUCAUCUAUUUGGCAUUCACUUUAGCUACUUUGUAUACAUAUUACUGCUUAUUAUGACAGUGUUUAGUAGCUUCAGUUGCCAUUAGACUUCACAUUUUGUGCAGCUAUCUGCCAUUAAUAGGGUUUUUGGUUAUUACGUUUUUUCUUUUUCCUUUUGGGUUUUUCUUGUCUGGUUGUUUGUACAUUCAUUGUAUUUUAUCCUACUCCCAUUCCUGUUCGUUUAUUUAUCCCUUACCUAAGGUAUAUCACUUGAUCACAUUUGCUACCUCGAUUAUCCAGUAUUUAGAUAUCAGUGAUUGAGUAGGUGUUUGUGAUUGUUUGUAGUUCUAUUAAUAAAGUAUUUUGUCUAUAUUCCCUUCUUUUCAUUGAAUUUUGUGACAGAUUAUUCUUCUUUUUUUGUUUUCAAUGAUUUAAACAGUGCCAACACAUUCUAGCUAUCUUUUUUUCUUUAUUUAACAAUUUUAUUUUUAUUUUGAAUAUUUUCAUGCUUAACCAUGCCAAACACAAUGGGCCAUAAUGCGAGAUGAUAUGAGUUUAAGCAGUCUCCAACUACAAUUUGCUUACAAAUUGCAGAACAAAAUAUCUAACAAAUAUUGUAUAUAUUUAAUUGUGUCUCCAUUUUUCCAUUUCACAUCUUUUCAUCGUUCAGAAACCCAUUCGAUGUGGGCCUCCUCCAGUAGCACUGAGGAAACUGUUGAACCCAACUAUUCAAGUAUUGAACAACUGUUUUGUCUUCCACAAACAAAAACUAAAGAAGAAGCCCCCGUCAAGAAAGUGCCAAAAGAGGUAACCCAACCUAUAAUCCACGCAAGAAGCAUUGUGAUUUAUGCUAGAUUAUGCUGCAGACCCAAUAACAUUUUUUUUCUUCGUUUUUAAAGAUUACAUUUUUAGAUUCCAAGAAAAGCCUUAACUUGAAUAUAUUUUUGAAGCAAUUUAGAAGGUAAGUUCUGUAUUAAAGCUGCUGCUUUUAUCUCCUAAAUUUUUCAUGAGCCAAUAGUGGGUUAAAGCAAGGAAGAUCUUCACUUGGGUGUUUCUGGAGACUCUACCCACCCACAAAGUACAAAUUUUCAAAAACACUUAGUAAUGUAUUUGUAAACGUGUUGGAGAAAACAAAGAUUGUCCAUGAGCCCAAAAUGUAAAAAGUGACAUAACUUUAACAUUGUGGAGCAAAGUAGCAUGUCUCCUUGGACGGUGGUUCAAUAAGUUGUCUAAUUGUACCAAUGACCAGCCUUUAAAAGUUUAAAGUUUAAGCAGCAACUCUUCAUGUCCAUCUCGUCUAAUGCCACUGUGGUUUUCCCUUCCUGUGCAGCACGAAUGAGGAAGUCGUUGCUCUUAUUGAAAAGGGAGACCGUUCUAAGUUUGACAUUGAAGUUCUGAAACAGUUCCUAAAGCUGCUUCCUGAAAAGCAUGAAGUAAGGAAAGUUUAAGAUUUAAUCAUGAAUGUGUUUAUCUUUACCCUUUGCAGUUUUGAAGGUUUUCACAUUUUGCCUUCAUAAUGAAACUGUGCAACAAUAAUAAAAAAAGUAUAAUAUUUAUGGAAAAUAAUAUUUAAGUGGAUAAUUGCAUACGUACACUGGAGAUUGCAGUUUGAUUGUCUGCGUUGUAUUACAUUAUACUAGAAUAUGACAUCUUUGCGCAAGUUAAAGGGACAUUCUAAACUUCUAAGCACCAGUGGGCAUUGGAAUAUAAUGAAUGAAAUUUAAAUUAGAAAAAUCCAAAAAAUAUAUUAAAAAAAAAUAAAUAAAAAAAAAUAUAUAGAUAUAUAUGUGUGUGUUUUUAUUUUUAUUUUUUUCCUCCCUUUUCUAUAUUGAACUGUGAAUUCUAGCAAGGUUGUCCUAGAGAAUUAAGAUCACUUUUUUUUCUUUUAUUAUUAUUUUUUUUUUUAUUUAACCUUUUUCUUUUAUCAUAGUCCUGAAUUAAAUGAUAUAGGUUUAGAAAAAGGGUCUUAAAAGCAUAACUGUAAACUCAUGACCCAUGUUUUAAAAUUAAAUUAGACUGUGGCUUGAGGCCAACAUUUAUGCAGCCAGGGAUUAUGGGAUAAAAGUAUGUAGAAGACCAAGUGUUUCCUUCAUUCCUUUUUCAGUGAUUAUAGAGGAUCCUAUGUGGUUGCUUUUAAGGUGCAUGUAUUUAUUUAAAUUGUGAUUAUUUUAUUAUUUAUUUUUUGUUUUUUGUAGCUAAUUUAGCAUUUUAAUUUUCUCUGCAUUUACACAGUAAAUCUAUAAAUUUUUUCCCUUUAAGGUGGAAAACUUAAAAUCCUACCAAGAAGACCCGUCAAAGUUAUCAAACGCGGAUCAAUUCUAUCUGCGGCUUCUGGGCAUUCCUGGGUAUGGAAUAAAACACUUUUUGAACUUUUUUCCCCCUUUCUUUCUUACUGUAUGUCCAAGUAAUCCCAUACACCCUGCUAAUUUUAUACAUUACUCAAGAAUAAUAGACCAUAGGGAAUGGGGUGGAAUGGUAACCCUGCAUUCCCAUUUCUUAUUUUCUUACUCUGAUAUUAUAUUAAAUUUAAAUAAUGUGAAUUUCAAUUUCUUUCUGGCCAGUUAUCAACUUCGACUUGAGAGCAUGUUGUCCUGUGAGGAAACCAGUCUUAUGCUUGAUACGCUGCGACCAAAAGCACAAAUAGUUAGCAAAGCGUGUGAAGGUAAGUGAGCGGUUUUUGACUCUCUUUAUUUUUUUUUUAUUUUUUUUUUUAUAAGCACCUUCUGGCAGCCAAAGAGGGUGUAACUAUACAGUUUCAGGUUUAAAUCCAUAUAUAUCAUAUAAAUAUGUAUUUAUAUUUUGUCCCUCUUUAUUUAUUUCAUUCCAGAUAUCCUAAACAGUCACAGGCUUCCUGUCUUUUGUCAGCUAGUCCUCAAAGUCGGAAACUUCUUAAAUUAUGUACGUUGUGUAACUGUGUGUCAAGGGGGGGCUUCACACGUGUGUCUGUUCUACCGUUAACAUUCUGACUCAAGGUCAUAGUGAGUGAGUUCUGGUGAAAGACUGGGCUCUCUGUGCUAUAGUGCAGCUAUUUAAGCCACUCACAAUCCCUAUUUAAAGGAAUGAGCCCAUUUGUUAACUGUAUCUAGGCAAAUUACUGUUACAGUCCUGAUAGGAAUACUGAAAGGGUUAAAAGGAAUCCAUCAUGCAUUGCAUAACCUGGCACAAUUCCUUGCAAUCCAUUCUGGAAUGCUUGGCAUUCUGAACAAAUUAAACUCCGUGCCAAGCGAGGCUCGAUAAUUCAUUACAAUCUGUAGGGUUGCUGGAAACAUUACACUUCUCAUCGGAAACGUUUUUACUCUUUGUUGUUUGACCAUUUAUUAUACGGUGCAUGUAAUACUCUGAUCCAUACGUUGUGCUGAGCCACUUGUUUGCACAUGUAGAAUUUAUGUAUUCAUUUAUAUCUGUAAAAUUCUGAUCUAACUUUUUGCACCAAUUAUGAUGCUAUAAUCUGUGCUAGUGGAACACAUGCAUAGUGCAAUGAAGGGAGCACUAACCUUUAUAAUCUUCUAGUAAACAGAAUUAUUUUCUGUUUGGAAGCAGAAUAUAGAGAUACAUUUUCAUUCCGUCUGUAACGUAUACAGGCGAUCUAAGGUCCUCUCUAUACAAACCCGCAUAUUCAAAAACUGGAUCACCAGUUAAAGGCGUAUUACACUUUCCACAAUUCCCGCUGCUACAAGUUUUUAAUGAAGUUGUAGUUUAAGUGGAACUAGAUGUCUGAUAUGUGAACUCUCUAAAACUAUUAAACAUAACUUUUUUUCUGUUUUGUUUUUUUUCCCUAUUCUAGGGUAGUCACACGGGAAACGCCAAUGGAUUUAAAAUAAGCACAUUAUUAAAAUUGACUGAGACCAAAGCCAACCAAACCCGCAUUACGUUGUUGCAUCACAUUUUAGAGGUAGCAUCGCUUCUGUGAGAAAUUACUGAUAAUUAUGAUUAUAUGUCUGACUAUUGAAUUUUUAAAUUUUUUAAUUUUUUAAAACAUCUUCUUUUAGUGAGGGACAAAUAAGAUCCCUCCAUAAUUUCGUACCGUUAUAUAAUGCAGUGCCAUAUUAUGGUACCAAAGUAAGGACAAUACAUUUUACAUAGGGAAUGAUAAAUAUUAUAUUUGGAAUUUGAGGCAUUCGUGUCAUCUGAACGGAGUAGCCAAAACUAAAACAAUGUCCAUAUCUGUGAUGAAACAAAAGGUAAUGGACAUUGUCUUAAAUGUAUUUACUUUUUUUUUGUCCAAGUAUAUUUACCAGUAAUAUUCCGUGAAUAAACUGUAGUUCCCAGUAGGUGGCAGUAUACCAUUAUCAGCUGUAGAUUAAUUACUCUUCUCCCAACCAUCCAUUUUAGAAACUCCCAAAAACCGGGUCGUUUUAAUCUGUUUUUUUUGUUAUUUUGGUGUGUGGUUUUUUUUUUGUUUUUUUUGUUUAAGCAAUGUUCUGAAACUGGAACUAGGGUCUUAUAAAUCUGUUCCAAAUAAUUAAAAUAUCCUGAAAGUGUCACUUUUUAUUUCUUUCUAUAUUGUGACACAUUUGGCACCUUCACAAUUCGUUCAUAUUUACUAAGAAUAAAAUAAGAAUAUACUGCGAGUGUUAUGCAUCGCUUUCUCCUACACAAUAGAUGUGAUGUAAAAGAACGUCAGAAAAAAAUAUUUUCUGAUGCAAAAAUAGCGAAUACAUUAUUAAAUGGAAUGUACAACACACAAUAUAACAAACAAAAAAAAACAGAAACGUCAUCAAAGUAAUAAUUAAGAAUUUUACUGCACUUGUAUAUUUAAGGAGAUAGAAGGGAAUCACACAGAUCUACUUCAGCUUCCAAAUGACCUUGAAAAUGUAUCCUCCGCUGCCAGGUAAUGUCAAAUACGUUACUAUAACAAUAUUUGCUGCCAGUGUUUAUCAGCAAUGAUUGACAAGUCUUUGAUUAAUGCCUUCUCACAAUAUUUUUGAUAUAUCCUUGUAAUCUACAUGUCCGUGAAAUUUGACUUGUAUAACAAGUGUAAAUUGAUAAGUGUUUUUGCUUGUAGCGAAAUUUGCUAAACUUAUCAUUUUCCUUUUUUUUUUUCUCGAAUGUUUUUUUUUAUUAUUAUUAUUAUUAUUAUUUAUCUUUGUAUUUUUGGUUUUGUCUCACCUGUAAGUGAGAGAGAGUGUAUGUGUGUUUAAAUCUACUAUUUAACAAAUUAUUGUCUGUUUUUCAGCUAAUUAAAUUUUUUAAAAAGACGCUAAUUUGUAACUAUGUAUACAUUUCUACCUAGCAUUAACCUUGAAAAUAUAUAUUCCGAAACGAGUAGCAACUUGAAAAAACUAAAAGAUCUGCAGAAAAAAAUUUCAGUGUCGGACUCUGAUAUUAAGGAGCAAUAUGAAAAACCUGUUGAGGUAAGAAUGGAGUCUUUAGUGUUUUGUGAUUAAUAUGUAUAGUCUACUAAAGAAAUCAUGUAAUAUUUCCGUAUUGGCCACUUUUAAUAAUUUUGCCCUCUUUUAUUAUCUCUGUAGUUUACAAGAAAUUAUUAAUCGUCUGUUUUCAACAUUCUUCAGAUCGUGCCCCUAUGUUGAUUUGCCUGCAUGUACAAUAUAACCAAUAAUUGUAAUCCGAUACGUUUUACCAAUAAUUGUAAUCCGAUAUGUUUUUAAAUAAUGGACUUUCAGGACUGUAUCAAUGGCCUCAAUGAACUGGAUAAAGAACUGGAGGAGAUUUCAGAGACGAAGAAAAAGCUAGCUGAAUAUCUAUGUGAAGAUCACACAAAACUCUCAUUAGAAGAUACGUUUAGAACCAUGAAAACAUUCCGGGACCUGUUCCUGAAAGCAAAAAAGGUCUGCAACCUCUCUAUCAAAAUAUCCGAUAAAAGAUAUAAGAUGAUAUUGUAAGGUUCCAUCCCCUCCAUAGCUGCCCUACCAAGUAAACGGGAGUCCUAACAGCUUCACAUCCGUAUUUCUCAGCUUCUACCCUUUAUCCAGUCUGAUUAGUUAUUAGCUGCCAGUCCCAGUCUGGACCAUUCCCAGUGAACAUUUCAUGCUAUUUUACUUUAACCACCAUUAUUGUGUUCUCCAGCAUUUCCUCCCCCUUUCUCUGAACAGCAGAAAAUACUUUUGGCUGGAGAUUCUGUUCACUUGAGUAUUCGGGAGUCAUUUGGGAAUUUAAUAAUUUAGUCCAAAAUAUGUUGAAUUGGGGAGAAAAAACAAACUACUACUUGUCCAAACUAGUUAUUCUGAACCAUAAUGUAUAAUGCAGCAGUCAAUUCCUGAUGAUGUCAAGUUUAUGGAAUAAUGUGAACUGUCUCCUCUCCCCCACACCCCCACCCUUAGGAAAAUAAAGACAGAAAAGAUCAAGCCGUUAAGGCUGAAAAACGAAAAAAGCAAUUGGCAGAUGACGAAGCGAAGCGACAAAAAGGCGACAAUGGAAAAAUAAGUAUGUUUACUGAACAUGUGUGCGUGAAUGAAUGUCUGGUAACGUGUGCCCUCAUUAUAUUAUUCAUUAAAGUGAGAAUUGUAUUCCACAAUUCCUUAUAAAGUAUUAUUAGAAGAAAUAGGGGACACCCCACCCCCCCCCAAAAUACCGAAACAUAACAGAUUUAUCACCAGCUGAGGAAACUAACUGAAAGUAGAGAGAGAUUUUUUUUAUUUUAUUUUUAUUGUGGGGGUGGGGGGGGGAGGUGUGUUGAUUUGGAUUUUUUUUGGGGGGGGGUUUGUUAAACUGCUCAAAUUACUUGACAUAGAAAAGUACUACAGUUAGCUAAUUUAUAAUAAUAAAGUGCCCAGUGCAGCUAUUCAGACCCGAACAGAUGUUUAUCUAAUGCUCAUGGAGAUCUGGUUGACUUAUGUUUAAUAGCUUAUACUUGAAACAUAUCGGCCGUUUUACCAGUGAUCACGUCUCCCACAAAAAGUGUAACUGGAACUUGCGAAUAUCUUUUAACGUGUGAUGUUCCUCAUUAACUAUUUCUCUCCAAUGAGUCAUUAAGUAACUUCUCCCACUUUUAUCCUUUCUUUUCCAGUCCGUAAAGGAGCAGCGGUGAAGGUGGAAGAAGGGUGCAUUAUUGAUGCUUUGUUGGCGGAUAUCAAGAAAGGAUUUCAGCUGCGCAAAACUGCAAAGACUAAGACUGAUGCAGAAUCUGGGCCUAAAAAUUCUAGCAGUGAGUUAAACACUAUAGGUAUCAGAGGUUUCGGCAUGAGAAAGGUUGUGUCGCCGGUCCGCAUGCGGCUUUCAAAUUCUUUUUUGAACAUGGACUAAAUUCUGUCUGACCAUCAGCUGGACUGUCUGCAUCCUAACCUGCAUGUGCUUCUAGCUAACACUGUGUAAUGCGAUGUACAUGACCCACAUGCGUUUAAUACUACUUAGAAUCUCACUCCUUUUGUAACUGCAUACUGAGCGUUGUUCAUUUGCAAUAAUAUAGUUUUGUAUUGUAAAAAAAAAAAAAAUGUAUUGGGGUAAAUUGCAUUUUGGGGAUCCUAAAACUAAUAUUUAUUUUGUAAACUGUAGUUGGGGGUUUUCAUUAACAAUGUAGCAUUGCUGAUUCAUUUGAAGACGUAAUUUAGCCUCUGUAUUGUGGGAAAAUAUGGGAUAAAAUAAUUUAUUGAAUAGGACAGAUUUUUCCAUGCAAUCUAAGGAAUAAAAGUUUUUGGUACCUGUUGAUUCUUGUAUGUUGUCGCUUUAUUUUUUUUUCUUAUUUUUUUAAUUUUUUUUUUUUGCAUUAAUAAUAUUGUGAAUGAACAAAACAAUGUAUUCUUGACUGUAAUGGACCGUUGCAUGCCAAAAAUAAAUAUUUUUUUCCUAUUCUGCAAAUCUGUGUUCAGCUUGAUAAGUGGCUUGCCAAAUCUAACUGCAUGGCUAACAUUCAACAUCUCACUAACUAAAUAUGUCCUGUGUUUCUGUGAGUCUCGUCUGUCUAAUGACCGUAGCACUCUAAAAAUUGUGAUUUCAUUUUUUUUCUUUUCAAGGCAAAACUGUACAAAUGGUAGAAGACUCCAAAAAAGUGUCUGACUUAAAUGACAAUGUAGUUACCAACGAGAAAAGUUGUUCAAAUCCUUCUCUUUUGAAUGACCAACCUAAAAUUAAAGUGGAUAGCCCACCAAUUCUGAACUCAAUUGGUAAAGUAGAUGUGGAAGCACAGUCAAGCCAAUCUUGUCAAAAUGAUAAUCCUCUCAUUGAAGGCAUGGAUCAGAAACCACUUCUUGUUACCCCUGUUGUAUUGAAUGCAACCUCGUCUACCCUAAAAGUCCAUGUAGAAGAUGUGGAAACCACACAGGACAAGAGAUGUUCAGCUGAUUCUAACAGUAUUUUGAACAGCAAAUCACCCAUUAUUGAGAUCUCUGAAAACCAAGGACGAUCAAAUGGAAAUGAUGAAAAGGCGCCUAAAAACAUACAGAAUGUAAAUGAAAUAAAUAAAAAUUCAGAAAAGUUAAAGAAAUCUCCAGAUCCAGAAAAUAAUAAAUUUAGCAAAGCAGCAGUGGAAAGUUCAAAAGAUGAACCACCUCCAACAACUCAAAAAAAUGGUUUAGGAGGUUUACCUCCAGACCUAGCAAAUCCUCUGGUUGACGGCACUCAACUUAUCAUGGCAAAUGAUCCGGUAGAUAGUUUGCCCCAACCUCAGACAAAUGAUCCGGUAGAUAGUUUGCCCCAACCUCAGACAAAUGAUCCGGUAGAUAGUUUGCCCCAACCUCAGACAAAUGAUCAGGUAGAUAGUUUGCCCCAACCUCAGACAAAUGUUCUGGUUGAUAGCUUGCCCCAGCCUCAGACAAAUGAUCAGGUAGAUAGUUUGCCCCAACCUCAGACAAAUGUUCUGGUUGAUAGCUCAUCCCCAAAUAUUUCAAACACACCUCAGGCGAAUGAUACGGUUAAUAACUUGCUUCCAGUUCACACAAAUGAUACCGUUGAUGGCUUGCCAACAGCUCAGGCAGAUGUUCCAAUUGAUGACUUACCCCCAGCUGUGUCAAAUAUAUUGGAGGAAAGUUCACCAACUGUGGUUAACGAGGAUACCCUAAAUAACUCUAUGAGCUCCACCCUAUCACCCAUUUCAGAUCAGAAAGGAAAAAGAGGCUCUUCAAAAAGGAGAAAGAAAAGGCAUUCCAAAAGUGGAGAAGGUAAUUUUAUUUAUUUUUGUUUCCUCUGCAACGGCUUUCCAUUUAUUUCUCCUAAUAUUAACAGGUAUAUGUUUCAGUAUGGUAAUCAGCAAUGUUAUCACCGUCAUCGCACCUAAAAUCAUGACCCUAAAACUGGGAACAAUCUAGGCGCAUGUGUUCUCAGUUAUGCACACACUCUGUGCUAAUUUCACGUGUCCGAAUUUCACUGGUGAAAAAAAUGGAUAUUUACUAAAGUGAGACUUCAAAUUCAAAGGUCCAAAUAGCAAACCUGGAAAAGGUCUUUAAGUCAACUUUGCAUUCAGUUUGGCUGCACUGGCCUAACGUCUGAAAUUCAGUUUAUUUUGGUAAAUAACUCUACCACUGUCGCUGUUUUAUUUACAUAAUGCUUUAAAAUGUCAGAGACCUUUAAAAUUUGAAAAAUGGCUUUUUAAGUAAACAUUAAUCUAGGUAUUGAGGAUAAUUUUCCAUUAACCUAUGAAUCAAAAUACAAUUACUGUAUAUAAAAGUCAAACUUCCCAGAAUACCUUGUCCCAUCCACAUUAUUAUGACUUGGUAUCUUAAUAUAUCAAGUUUCUCUGCGGGUUUCUCCUGUUUGGUUCCCGGCUGAACAGAGCUGCAGAGAUUGUUUGGUCAGCAGUGCGUGAACUACACACCUAAUGUGAAGCAUCGCUCUAAACUUAAUGUGUUACUCCAAGCACCAUCACCACUGAAGUGAUUUGAAGUGGUUAUGGUGCCUGGUGUCUGUAUAUGCAGCGUUUAGCUUUGAGUUCUACGCUGGCUAAUGCCAAUUUUGUGCAUUUGUUUUGUUAGCACAGUGUGCCAUUUGUUGUCUGAGAGCGGUUCUAUUCUCUUUAAAAAUCCCUUAGAUAAUUCCAUGUGGCCUUAUUAUCCAUAUCAACCUUUCCAUUUAGCUUAUAUUUAAAGGACCACUCUAGGCACCCAGACCACUUCAGCUUAAUGAAGUGGUCUGGGUGCCAGGUCCAGCUAGGGUUAACCCAUUUUUUUUAUAAACAUAGCAGUUUCUCUGAUCAAUGGGUUAAGCCUUCCCCCAAUUCCUCUAGCGGCUGUAUCACUGACAGCCACUAGAGGCGCUUGCGUGAUUCUCACUGUGAAAAUCACAGUGAGAGCACGCAAGCGUCCACAGGAAAGCAUUGAAAAUGCUUUCCUAUGCGACCGGCUGAAUGCGCGCGCAGCUCUUGCCGCGCGUGCGCAUUCAGCAGUCGGGGAGGAUCGGAGGAGGAGAGCUCCCCGCCCAGCGCUGGAAAAAGGUAAGUUUUACCCCUUUUCCCCUUUCCAGAGCCGGGCGGGAGGGGGACCCUGAGGGUGGGGGCACCCUCAGGGCACUAUAGUGCCAGGAAAGCGAGUAUGUUUUCCUGGCACUAUAGUGGUCCUUUAAAGUAAUCUUGUAUUUUAUUACCCUCUAACCUUCCUAAGCCGUGUGUAAUCGUUGUACACAGCAUUGUUACAUUAGUGUUUUCUUUCUUUAAAAACAGAGGUUGAAAUUGAACCCGAAACACACAAAACAAAAAGUUGUGUGGUACAGUGAGGUAUGUAAAUAAAACAGGAUUUACGUUCACUAACAGACCCCCUGAAAUUAUUAUUUUCCAAUGCUAAUUCAAUCCUUAACACUAGAAUUUCUAAUCUGCAUCUUCCUUAAUCCUUGCUGUAGCUUGCCUUAUCAAUCAGACCUGUCCCAAUUGGCCUUUUUCAUUACUUUUUAAAUGGCUUGCUUCAAGAGUGGAACUACUUUUUACUGGGACAGAUACAUGUUGCCUUUAGGUCACCCAAAAUGUGACGCUUGUUCAGAAAGAUUAGAAAUGUUAACCAUGGUGUAUUCUUGUUAAAUGUAUGGAAUACGCAUAUUCUAUUGCAGGACACAGACAUUAUGGGUUUGAUGGAGAUACAGAUGUAACACUAGUCACCCAGACCACUUUAUCUCAAAGAAGUGGUUGUGGUGCACUUACCUUUUGCUCUUUGAACAUUGUAAUCUUUAUUUAACUUAAUUUUAUUAAGGAAAGGGAGGUGUACAGAAGGUAACGUGUAGUCCCGAAAUGACCAUUGUUAUUUUCAGUCAUCCGGAACCAGCACGGCAAAGUGAUUCAAUGCGUGAAUGGGCUAUAACACCGGACUCAAAAAGCAAAGUGGGUAGCUCCGAAAUCACUACUGCUUUAAUCUGUAUGUAGGAAUUCUUGCAGAAAUAUAAGGCAAAACAAGCACAUUUAUAGACCUAUUAGAAUUCCCUAUGUGAUUUCACAGUCACUUUUAAUAUUUCCUUCAGUCUGAGCAUCAUUUAUCACCCAUCUGCCCCAUUUUUGGACUCCAGAAGAAAGAAAUGGUGCCCUGGGCAGUUGGUAAAAUCAGCUUAACAAGAUUAAAAAGUGAUUAAAUGUUGGGGAAGCUACGAAAUGUCUCAGUAAUGAACAGUUCCACUGUGCCUCCUCAGCAAUAAUGAGUUUAUUUACAGUAUAAACUCAUAAGCCUUCGCCACACUGAUUAUUUCUGUCUUCUGGAAUUUGGAAUCUUAUGUUAUAAUUAUUACAGUUUAGUUUCAUACCGUGUGUGUGCAAUAUAACAACUAGUCUAAUAAAAUGCAAGAAAUUUACUUUUUCUUUUUUUUUUUAUAUCAUGGGCUAAAGCGAGGAUAUGAACAAAAGUAGCAACAAACUAUUCUGCAAUUGAUAACAUAUGCUGAAUUUGUGUAAAUAUGUCUUCCCCUCUUAGAUGUCAGUAACAUGCCUUAAGGGUAAACUGCGUAAGUGAUCAGAAAUGUAAGGAGCCGUCUCACUAUUAAAAUAGGGGUAAGGAGGUAAGGCUAUACACAAGUUUCCAGCUCUGACCAAAGUGAAUUCAAUCGGAGUUCAGAUACCAAAUCUCCGAAAGCUCCAAAUUCAACACCUUCCAAGCUUUUAGCUCCAGCCAGAAGAGUUACAAUUCAAUAUUUUUUGUACUGUUCCAGAAGCUUACACUCACUCCUUUGCAACAUGCACAAUCAAAUUUUACAAAUUAGCAUUUUUCCCCCAAGCAAGCACUAAGUUAAGUCAAGUGCCCGUGAAUUUCUUGUAGUUGUUUAGUGAGGAUCAAACUAAGAUCUUUGGUGUUCCCAAACUCAUUGCAUGCUCGGAAUACACCUUAGCUAAUCUCUGCAGCAAGGAAACCUGAACAUGAGCUUUUAGCUUCUUGCAUUAAAAAAUAGGUGUCACACAGUCAUAUCCUAACUUUAUAGGAAUGGUUAAACCUAUAAACAGAUGUACUAGAAUGACGUAUUACCGGGCCUUAGAGUGGCUGGGCUGAACGUCAGAAAGGUAAUGACAAAGUCAGUAAUAGCCAAAGUGAGGAAUAUAGAGAUAUGGAGAAACGGAAUAACAAGCCGGGUCAGGAUACCAGAAAUACACAAAGUCCAAUACAAGCCAAGGUCAAUAUCAGAAUAUAACUAUAGAGGCUUACUAUGUCUUGUAUAAAGGCAGAAACCAUGAUCGGGCAAGGAAUAGGGGCCCAAGUUAGCAUUAUGUAGGCUAACAAUGUUUCUGAUUGGUCCACGCCAUCUCUGCAACUCCAAAAUGAAUGAUAAUAGAAUAUCGUGGUCACUUUAAGGGUGGGCGUGACAUCACAGCAUUUGAAUUUAUAAAAGACGCCCUAUUUGAAUGGGCAGUGUCUAAUAUUAUGCAGGGAAGAAAACAGGUAAAAGGAUUUUUGCCCGUGGGAACCAGCAGAGGGAGCUGCUUGCUGGGCUGAAUGUAAAGUAUGUAGUAGUCCCUGUUUAGUCCAACGUGGGUAGCAGCGUGAGUGCCAGUAUCAGGUAAGUACAUCUCAAUAGGGACUUCAUGAGAGAUUAAAGCUGCUUGGUAAAUGACAAACAUGCCCAACUGGGAAGAAAUAAAGUAUACACCUAUUCACCAAACAUGCUGCGGUUCUAGAGCAGACGAGGUGAAAAUAACGGACACAAACAAGCCUACAGCCUGCGUCCUCAGAUCCGUUACAAUUAUUUGACUUUGUUUCCUGUUCCUCCAACAAUAAAACUGCUUCCUUUUCUAAAACUAAAAUAGGAUUAGAUAGCAACAUGAUCUGCUGUCGUCUUCACGGAACAGCUGAAACUAAGUGUCAUGGCAAAUGUCGUAUAUGCACCAGCAAUAAUUGUCGAGCAUAUUCGCUCACACAGAAACGUCUGACUGAUAUAUACGAUCACACACAGUGCAGGGUGAUAUCACGGAGUCCGUGUUCAGUUUGUGUCAUCCCAUGAUCAUUUCAACGUUAGAAAUUGAAUUAUACUUGAAUAGCGAGUUGUACCUUUAUAAACUAGUUACUUUUUUUUAUACAUCCGCUUGUAAGCUAGUUUGAGCAAGACCUUUGUCACUUCCCCUCUCUGUUAUAUUUGGGAUAUAGAAACAUAGAAUGUGACGGCAGAUAAGAACCAUUCGGGCCAUCUAGUCUGCCCAAUUUUCUAAAUACUUUCAUUAGUCCCUAGUCUUAUCUUAUAGUUAGUAUAGCCUUAUGCCUAUCCCACGCAUGCUUAAACUCCUUUACUGUGUUAACCUCUACCACUUCAGCUGGAAGGCUAUUCCAUGCAUCCACUACCCUCUCAGUAAAGUAAUACUUCCUGAUAUUAUUUUUAAACCUUUGUCCCUCUAAUUUAAGACUAUGUCCUCUUGUUGUGGUAGUUUUUCUUCUUUUAAAUAUAGUCUCCUCCUUUACUGUGUUGAUUCCCUUUAUGUAUUUAAAUGUUUCUAUCAUAUCCCCCCUGUCUCGUCUUUCCUCCAAGCUAUACGUGUUAAGAUCCUUUAACCUUUCCCAGUAAGUUUUAUCCCCAUUCUAUAAUUAUAAAGCGCUGCAGAAUAUGUCGCCAUAAAACUGCUAAUAAUUAAUCUGCUUAAAAACUAGCACGUGAACAGGUAUGUAUUUGCUGGCCAAUUAUUUGCAGCCCAAAGCAAUAACUGAUUUUCACAUGUGGAAGUUGUAAUAAAAUUGCUAUAAACAUAACAGUUAAUAUAUAAAACAUGUUGUGCAUCUGCUUGUUUGUUUGUUUGUUUUUUUUAUCUGUAAAAACGUUUUCUGGGUCCUAAAUUUUCCUACCAACACAUUCAUCGUAUGUUAUUAUUUUUUUCCCUCCCAGACUGAAUUAGUGGCCCUGUCUACACAUAAUAUUAAGAGGCAAUUCUGUGCCAUUUUUUCUCCUGACUUGUUAUUACACCACAGUCAGUCUGGAGCAACUGGAAAAUUGUGGCGAUGUAUAAAGAAGUGACAUAAUGCUUUAAUACUUAGGAAACUAGUGUGGUUGGGAAAUGAUCUUGGAAAAUAGGGAGGAAAAACAGGACCGUUUUGAUCUAUAUCUAGUGACAAGUUGGAUCCACUUAGAUUAUUAAUACCAGGGCUAAUUCACUUCAAAAUUGACAUUUUUUGUUUGUAUGUCGUAUUGGACAUUGCAUGCUAUCUUUUUAAAUCCUUUUUAAACACCAUUCAUUGUCCGUCAGCUGUUUUAGACUAUACUUCUUUAAAUAUUCUUACAGCCGAUGGAAAUGUGUAAAGCAAUAUUGGAAAAAAAUAAUUUUUUACAGCAGAGUGUGUAUAUUAUUCUUCGAGAGCGCAAACCUCCUGCUGUCUGCAAAGCAGGUAUAGCUGCCCUAAGCAACACCAGCUUUUGUUGAGCAAAAGAUUCCAAAUAAUGUAUCAAUUCUAGAGACAGUUUGGGUUACAGAAGGCAUGUCAUUUUCAUAAUCGUCACUUUCACUUCCUACAUUUGGCGAAGUUUAAUUCUACCCAGACAAAGCCAUAGUAUUCAGGGAGACCCGCAUUUUAACUGUAUUACAUUUGAAGAUAAAUUGGAGUACUAGGUGGGAAUUGACUAUUAGAUACACCCUCUAGCAUGUAAGCUCAUUGAGCACCCCUCUGUUCCUGUGCGUCCAACUCGUCUGGUUACAAUUACAUGUCUGUUAGCCCACCCAUUGUACAGCGCUGCGGAAUUUGUUGGUGCUUUAUAAAUAAUAAUAAAUAGAUCAUCAAGUAAAUCCAGGUUUUCUGAGGUUGACCGAGAUCUAGGAAUUUGGGGGUCACGUUGGCAAUAAAUCUUCCCCCCAUGCACGUGUUGGGAUUCAAGUUCCGGUGGGGCAAUUCAAAGGAAGUAAAAUUAACUCUUUGAUUUCUUAGUAAGAUGACAACUCUUGCUGGCUUCUUCUACGAUUAUUAACAUAAUCACCUGUUACUUGUCUAAUUUUGCUCCUUUUUUUUUUUUUUUUUUUAUAGGUUUCAGAGAAAAGAUGAAGAACAAGCAAUGAAGUCAACAGCAAAUAUGUCUAUUGAUUUUUUAUUUUUUUUAUAAUCUGCCUUUUUGCUUAUCUCGCUCUUGUGCUGGUCACAAUAAUUUAUAAAAUCAGUCCCCUAACUGGAACUGUUUUACUAUCAACUGCAUGUUUAUGGGCCUUGCUACUUUAUAUUUUAAUUACUUGUUUUUCCAUGGAAAAGCUGAAAUGUAUUUUACUGCACUUUAGAGGCAAAUAGCUAUAUCAUUGAUCGUAUUAUUAAUAUGGAUAUUAUACUGAAUAGAUACCUACGUACACGGACAAAAAAAACGAAAAAAAAAAAACACAUUUAUAAGCCUGCUCAUUUUUAACCAGAGUUUUUUAAACAAUGACGCCAGCCUUAAGUCAUAGCUACUUGCUUUAAAUGAAAUAUGUAAUGUAAACUGUGCUCGCGGUAAGUAAAAUAGAUACAGUGUGCUAAGCAAGCAAAAACUGGAGAAAGAAGUAAUUUAAACUCGGUUACUCACUAAAGUGAGAAUUCUUGGUAGUCCAAAGUGAAAUUCAAACAUAAGGCUAAGAUAGCCAAACUAGAAAAAUUCUCUUUCGGUUAUGCGUCUAGUUCAGCUCCUUUGGCUUUCAAUUGGAAAUUCAUUUUGACUUCCUGACCAAUUUCACUCUAGUGAAUAACCCUGGAAGACUCAGACUUUGAUGUGUCAUGCUGCCUAGGAUGCAGAUUGAUAAUAGCCUAAUUGCAUAUGAGAUCUUAAAUGAACAUUAAAAAAAACAGGGAGGAAAUAGUGUAGUAACUAAUUUUGUGCCAGAAAAAGCAGAAAACACAAGGUACUCGGACUUAGCUGGUGGGCCGCAAGCUUUUUUGGGAUUUCAAGCACUGACUGUAUUUUAGUGAGAGAGAUUAACGACUAAAAUAGGUAUUAAGAAAGAUGAUGCGUAUUGUUUUUGAGGCAGAUGUUGUGAUUAGUUAACAACUAGUUUGCUAAAUUUAGGGCAAAUAGCAGGCGCAGAAAAACUAUAUCCUACGGUGGAAGUUUAAUUUCAACUCAACUAUAACUAAAUUUUGUAACCUUGUUAGCUCAAAAUUUAGUCAAUUUAAACCACAAACAAAAGACCUCGGCUCUUGGCAACUUGUUUUUGAACAUAUACAAAGCUUCUUUGACCUUAAUAGGAUCUAUCAACUGAAGAAAUCACCUUUUUGGUACAAUGUUUACUUUAUGUCAUCCUCUAGUACACAAGCCAAAAAGGGGUUCACAAUCCAGUCCUCAAGUACCCCCUACCAGUCCAGGAUUUAGGGAUUACUUUGUUGUGUCUAAAGUGUUUGGGGGUAUUUUCUUCUAAAAAACACCCUAGACAAAACUUGGUAAUCCCUAAAUCCUGGACUGGUAGGGGGUACUUGAGGACUGGGUUGGGAACCACUGCUCUAGUCCAUCUUACAUAAGGAUACGGAAAUAUUAUUCUCAUCCUGAACACACUUUUACAUAUUUUCAUUCUUGUAGCCGUUGAAAUUUAUUUUUUAUGUUUUUAAGAACAAUGGUACAAAUGUUAUUCUAUAGAUUGUCAGAAUAACUGACGAAAACACAUUUGUAGGCUGGGUCCCAUAUAAACAUUUAUAAAACACUACAGUCUUAUUUUUUUUUUAUACAGUCAAGAGAAAUUAAAACAAUAAGAGAUUAAAAGCAAACUAAAAUAUCUCUAUAUAAUAAGGUAUUAAUCAUAAAAGUGAAAUAGUUAUGUGCUUUCAUAAUUAAGGUGCAAAUAUUUCUAUAUGUAGAUAUAAACAACAUAGUGUACUCAGACCUAAUGGCUUUAUCGUCUAAAUAUGACUAACGAUAAAUGUUUUGUAAAAAAAUAAAGGACACCAUCCUGGGUUAGGUGGUAAAAUAAACAAACAAAAUUAAAAGUAAAAAACACAGAGUUCAGAACACCAGGCUGUUUUUAGAGUUGACUUUGAUUUAAUUUCUCCAGUAUGGGGAAUAGGUACAAGACAGACAGACUGCAGUUCAUGGACUUGGACACCCCAUAUUUGAUACCAAAUACACACACACACACACACAAAGCAACAACAACAACAAAAAACAUUGUGGAUAUACUGUGGGAAAUAAUAUAUAACAUGCAACACCAUUUAGUGGAUAAGGCACAGGGACAUCAAAUAUAACUGUGAGUAUUGCUGUACCUUUACCACUAAAUGUAAAGUUGCAGGUUAUAUGUUACAAAUGGACCAUGCACAGUAUAUUCAAUCUGUUUUGGUGUUUUUUCUUCACAUCUGGACUGACCUAUUUUCAUCAUAUUUGCCAAUCUGAAAAUGUUUAUGUGACAGGUUUGCAAUACCAAGUGCAAUCCGCAUGUCAAUUAUCCACAAAUCCAAGUGUAGAGAACGCAUAUUGAAUAUAUGUAUGUAUUAAAAAAAACAAAAAAAGCAUAGUAUCUAUUGUCCUAAUUCCUUUGCGUGCUGGCAGAUUGAGAAUGUAUUUUGCACCACUGAGGCACACAAAAAAAGGUUAUCCAUCAAAUUCCGAGCAUUAUCUCUUAUCUGUGCAUUGGUGAUGCCAUAUUGAACACUUGUAUGUAAAUAAGGAUAUUUGGGGGGUUUGCUAAGUGCAGAAUACUUUCUUAAUAAAUUAUUUUAUUUCGAAAAAAAAUGUUUUUGGUUUUCAUUUAAAUAAACUGUGAACUAAAACCCUGCAUUAAUUCGAUGUAGAGUAUUAUUAAUGGUUUAACUCUUACCUUGCUGUGUUGGAUGUCCACAGAACUUACAGUACAAGUUGAUCUUACAAAGCAGAAGUUCAUACUUCCUUGUUAACAUGCCAGGUUUAAGCUGUAUUCAAGAGUGCCAGCUGACUGUUG